AGUCUGGUCCAGAUCCUCCGCUCCUCCUCAGCUCAACACACACAUCCAUUGUACACAAACGGGGCAGGCGGCUCAUGCAUACACACGCACUCACACACAUACAGACACAUCCACCACCGCCACACACACAAAUCUACGCACACACGUUCAGCAUCGAUCGUGGCUCCUUUAAGAAAGCCUAAGCCAGAAUUAUCACCCCACCUCCUCUUGAUCUCCUCUAGACGCUUUUGCAUAAGAAAAUCAAGCCGGGAGCCGAGAGUGAUCAAAGAAAACGAGAGGAGAGCUGCUUCAUUUUUUAACUCUGAUUGUGACCAUUAACGUUUAGGUGGUGCCGAGCCCGUGGAGACGCGCGUCGGACCAUCAUUCAUCCGGUACUUUUGACAAGCCCUCGCGUUUUGACUGACAGGCGGAGUGGCAAAAAGCCAUGAGAGUCGCCACUUUUGUUUGAGGGGCUGUUGUAUUUUCAUCCUGGUUUUGGGAAAGGAGCCUGGCGCCGCUGCCCCGAGGAGAGGACAGCCGAGGACCUAUUCGCCGCGCCAGGGCUUAAACUUGCGCAGAGAGCGGGGGCUGGCUGCACCGUUCCGUGGAAAGAGAAAAGGCGUACGGGAUUUUGUCUGAAACAUCCUCCAAUUUAUUCGGAUUGUCUUUCUUCAUUUCGUAUCCACCCUGGCCUCAGAGGGGAUUUAUCUAAAGUGAAAGGACGACCAGGGAGUCAGGAGGGUUAUGGCGCAACGGGUACGUAGGGCAAUCCCCCCGACAAAAAGUUUCUCUAAGUCUGCUGUGUCUGCUUGAGUGCAAUGGUGCGCUGUAACGUGGCUUAAUGACACACAUACCCGCACGGACACACACUCGCGGCGAAAGUUCUGUCCUGUUCCUGACACAUGGAGACGACGAUCUCAUUUUCGGCGUCUUUUGGCACGUUAUUACGCACGGCCGCUCUCGUUUUGCUUCGCGAACCGGUCCGCUGAGGGACAUUGGAAGCGUGAUCAUACCUCACAUCGGCUAUGUUUUUUAGAUUAGUUAUGACAGGCCAGUUACUGGAAGCAAAAUGGGGGAGGGCAUAGAAGCAAAACAAAUCUCCACAUUUUCCUCGGACCGCUCCGUCAAGAUUCCAAAUGAAUCUGCUCCGCAAAAUGUGUCAAAACAUGCGAUAUUAGAAAAACGCCAGUGAGGCAGAUUUUCUUAAUGGGCUGACGACAAACUCUUUGAUUCAUACACUCCCGAGGACAACUUCAGAGCAGCGCCCGGGACCCUCUCUCAGACUGUAAACGGUGUAAAAGCAGAGCUGUACGGGACAAAUUUAGCUGCUUAGUUCGGCUCUGGAGCUGCACCACGCUGGGGUUUGCACCUCUUUGCCUGUAGGGUCGAAAAGCUCAGCUUUAAGUGAUAAUGCUUUUUACUUUGAACCCGACACUUGUUUGACACUUCCAGAAAGCGCUAUCAAUAAUUCAAGGCUCUUCUGUAAUCUGUUAGAGGGGCAAACCGAGAAUAAAGAUUUUAUUUUAGGCGUAUACCGACGUGAAUUUACAUUUAGACACGUUUAACACACCACUGAGUGUUUCAUAACUACCAUACAGCCGUGCAUAGACAAAACAACCAUAUCAGAACCAAAACUGACUCAUGUAAAAGUUUGAAUAUCGAGCUGCAGCUCUAAGUCGUUCUAAACACACAAUACGCGUCUCCAUGCACUGUUGCAGCAUUUAUCUGUGUUUGACAGAGAGAGAGACUUGCUGCCCUUUUAUGAGCCUUAAAAUUAGAAAAAUAAGGACAAGUUAGAAGUGAAACACAUUUGUUGUUGUAAACACUGAUGCCGUUAUAGUUGAGUUAUUGCUCAGAAAAUUAUAAAAUUAAAAAAUCUGCCGCUCCUCACGUUUUUAUAGCAUCAAAUAUUUUUUAGCAUGUUCUUAAUCAUUCAUAUUGACUUAAUUUAUUUUUUUUAUUUCUGAGUUACAAGAAUCACCUUGAAGAAGUUUAGAAGAAAACUAGUUCAAACUAGCUAAAAUAAGUUUUGUUGUUCUCCUCCUUUAAACAAUCCAGUCAAUAAGUCACACUGGCCUUAGAAGUUUUCCUCAAAUGACUUCAAAUUUUAGAUCAUUGUGGUUAAUUUAGGUUUUCUUAUUUUGCAUGUUUCAGUAGUUUCAGUUUUGUAUGUAGAAACAAAAAAGGCUGUUUAAUUAAUGGGAAUUUUAAAAACCUUCACUUGGUUUGGAAAAAUGAAACUAUUACGCCAAGUUGUGAGGUUUUUACUGUGUCUUAAGAAGAAGAGUAAAUGUGAAGCCUAACUUUUCUCACUUCAGGUGUUUAGUAAGAUAUUCCUGACAUGGUCUUUUACACACAGAGUUAUAACCAGAGUUAAUUCUAUUGUUUUUCCUGAGUUUUGACUGUGGCCCUGUGUCUCUGAUGUGUUCAGUACGAAGACUUGCCCCACUACGGGAUGGACGGGGUGGGCAUCCCGACCACCAUGUACGGAGACCCGCACGGCGCCCGGUCCAUGCAGGCGGUGCACCUCAACCAUGGGCCCCAGCUGCACUCGCACCAGUACCCGCACACCGCCCACACCAACACCAUGCCUCCCAGCAUGGGCUCCUCCGUCAACGACGCUCUCAAGAGAGAUAAAGACGCGAUAUAUGGGUAGGUCCUGCGGGGGGACUCACUCUUUCUGUAGCAGGGCAGGCCGGUGGAGGAGGAGGAGGGGGCGCAAUCGGGGUGGGUUUGGGGUCGCAAAGGUAGUAGCCUACCGUAGGAAAAAGACCGGGGUGGUGCCUUGAACGCUCGUGCGUUUAUGUAAAAAUUUUAAGAAAAACGCUGGAGUUAAAAAGUGUUGCAAUGGCGCGAGCAGGAUCAGAGCUGCCAUGUUUUUCUGAUUUUAUUUUCUGAUUUUAUUUUUGCACAACUCAGAAGUUUCUUCAAAAAUAGAUCAGUUUGGAUCACGCGUGUCUGUUGGAUAAAUACUGAAAAAUACAUGUGAAAAUGAAAAGUUUAGCUCUUGAUGCUGUCUCUAUUGCGCCAGUAUUACACAGAAAAAGGACAUUUAAAUAAUUAAAGAAAAAGUUCACUUUAAUUAGGACAUUAAACGUUUAUUUUAGCGUUUGGCGUGUGCAGUUUUUUAAAGUUUAAUUGUUUUUUAUUUGUAAAAUAAAUACAUUCUCUCUGUUAGGUAUUUCCAGUAAUAACACGUGGUCUCCAUCAAAUUAAAAAAUACUGCGUUGAAAGCGUAUCUCGCAUUUGCAUGUCGGUUCUUAAUUUAUAAAUGUAAAUGAGAAAAUCUUUGCGUGGUGUUUUCACGCCAGGAACAGUUUGACCAUCCUGCACCUCCUUACUGACACAGCUGUGAGUGCAUAACCAGUCUGCACAUGUUUACUCUGAUGUUUUAAAGACAUAAUAAUCCACAAAUAUAUAUUAUGCACCUUUUUAGUGGCUCCAAACUCACACAGAUAAACACGCAUACAGAAACACGGACUUCAAGGAUCCAAACGGAGUCUGUGCACAGAAUUAGUUCGACUGACUGUGAAGCUUUUAUGCUAUUAGGCGCUGAGAUUUAAUCACAGAAGUCUGCGCGCUGUUUGCAGCCUUUCUCCGAGCCUCUGCAUAAUAUAAUAGCACGCGGGCUGCAGCAGUGGUCCCCAUGGGCGAGUUGUUGAAGAGUAGCAUGGCUGGCUAAAUCUAGCCUGGAGUAGUCUUGACCCCGGCGCUGUUCUCUCUGGUGACAUUUGCUAUUGUGUGUGUGUUCCCAGGCACCCCCUGUUCCCCUUGCUUGCACUGAUUUUUGAGAAAUGUGAAUUAGCGACGUGCACCCCCAGAGAGCCCGGGGUGGCGGGAGGAGACGUCUGUUCAUCGGAAUCUUUCAAUGAAGACAUAGCAGUGUUUGCAAAACAGGUCAGGAAAGUUUGACUCUUUGUAAUCUGCAUGCUCGGGCUGCUGGAGCUCUAACUUUGAAAGCAUUCAGUGUGGACCUCCAACUCUUGUGCGUAAAGACAAUUCUGCUGCAUUUAAAGAAAAGAAAAAAGUUCUUUAAAAAUGUUUUCAUUUGAGCUUUUGUUUAUUUUGUGCGUAAAGUAGGAAAUUAUAAACCACCAUAGCAUAUACUAGCAUGCCAUAUUUAGUCUUACAUAUUGAUUAAUUCAUAGUUUUAAGGUGUGUUUGACUCAUAAAUGCAUCUUUUUGCUUGCUUUUAGAUUCGGGCAGAAAAGCCUUUAUUUUCAUCGAAUCCAGAAUUGGAUAAUUUGGUAAGAUCAACAGUAUUUUCUCUAAAAUGAGAGGACAUUUUCUGUAUGAUCCUACAGCUGUUGUGCAUGUUUAUUGGUGGGCUGUAGGAAUGUGUCAGAGAGUCAUGUGCGGCUGAAAAGUUGGAGCAGGAUUGGAGGUGAGGUUCCUCUUUUUGGGGCUGUUUGAUAUCAUGAUGGCCCCCGGUCGUAUUGGCAGAUGAAGGGCCGCUGUUAGACAGCUGUCACAAACCUUUGAACUCAGCCUGCAAAGUUAUUUUAUUCAAGCUUUUUUCACUGUGUACAGUUUGACUCCGUGGAUGGGCUGUGAGGGGAACGUCUUGCUGCUAAUAGAUCUCUGACUCUGAGGCUUAUUUUAGUGCCAGGCUCUACUGUACGCCUGCUCUCCAUAUUGCAAUAACGCCCAACUUUAAUAUCAGCCCCACAUAAAAUCCAUUCACAUGAAUAUUUUUUCAUCGUCUGCACUUCCUUGUAUUGAGAAAAACGUGCCUGUUUAAUAUCAAGAGAUGUGAGCAGCUCAUUUCUUUAUUGUUUUUUUAAUUUUUCAGAUGAUUCAAGCCAUUCAAGUUUUACGAUUUCAUCUUCUGGAGCUGGAGAAGGUAAUUUCCUCUCACCGUAUCUGUCCACCCUGCUACAAUCCAGACCUAUGGGCUGUAUUUGCGAAAAUAUAUUUUUGCUAGUCGGUUAUAAUUAGCGUCAGAAUCAAUCAUGGGGCCAUUUCUCUUCCGCGUUUAAUCACGACGCAAGCUGUUACAACUGGAACGGAUGUGUGUGCGCGCAAAUCUCCCUGCGUGUUUUAAUGAAGUUUAAUGCUGGCACAAAUUGCAUGCAAGGUGAAACAUAUAGGCGAACUUUGCGGUAUUUCAAAACGAUUUUUUUGCGGAGGGCAAAAGGCCCCAGGCGGCCAUCUGUAGAGAGAGGCAGAGUGGGAGUAAAACUCUGAUCACUACAUGGACUACAGUAGCCUGUGAGGUCAACUCUAACCUCAGCUCAAACAUUAUGGAACAUGAUCAAAGCUGUUCAGAGUUUCAGUUUGUACAGCUUCUGUCUCCUGCUCUGCCCUCUGUCUCAAAAAUAAAGUUCCAGACGGUUUGCAGGCUUCUUUAUCUCUCUGCAGUCUGACAUUUUACUUUCUCGUGCGUAAUGACGCGCCGCAGUCAUUGGCAGUGAUAAUGUAAUAAUCGGAUGAAAUUAAACAGUUUACCUUAAAUGUCAGUCACGCGGGUCACCCUCCUCUAAUGGCCACUACCCGGGGCACCCAUGAUGAAUUUAACACGGAUGUUGAGUGUGUUCUAGCCCCUGAGCCCUCUUGUCACUGUCAAUUUUCGGCGAUAUCUCUAUUUUGAGAGGAGAAAAAUAAAGUUAGUGCCAAAGUCCGGAGCAAGCGUCUGGCGUGGCACGAGAACUGGACACACAAAUGAGCCCAAGGGUGUCCAAAUAAAUGUAAUUUUUAUAUUUUUAGAGUGAAGAUGGAACUUUUAAGAGCUAUUUUGAGGAAAACACAUGGAUGCAUUUGGGGAAUUUUGGCGUGAUUUGUAAAAGUGAUAUAUUCCCAGAAUUCUCUGUGUUGACUUUAAAAUAAUAUUUCAGUAUUUUAGAUGCAACAACUGUGCUGUGAUCUCGGGUUUGCCCUCUGAAGUCUUCAGGGCCUUUUCUGUAUGUCAAAGGCUGUGGCGUGUGUGUGUGUGUGUGUGUGUGUGUGUGUGUGUGUGUGUGUGUGUGUGUGUGUGUGUGUGUGUGUGUGUGUGUUUUGGCUGCUUAUGUCAGCGUUACUAGAUGAUGUCGCUUAUUUUAGGGGGUGUUUUGAGUGUGCGUGUGUGUGUGUGUGUGUGACCCUUCUGCCUCCUCUCCCUGAAGGUGCACGAGCUGUGUGAUAAUUUCUGUCACCGGUACAUCAGCUGCUUGAAAGGAAAGAUGCCCAUCGACCUGGUCAUAGAUGACAGAGAGGGAGGCUCCAAAUCAGACAGCGAGGAGAUCACGAGAUCAUCGGUGGCCCUUGAUCAGGUACAUCUCUCUCUUUUUCUCUCUCUCUGUGUGUGUGUACGCGCGCGUGUAUGUGCUCUCCCUGCUGGCUAUUCAGCUAUUCUGGGUCACUUCUCCACUGCGCUGUUAUUUGCAUAUGAUUAAGGCCGUUUUACAUUCCAUCCAUCGGAAUGAGAAAUUUUUCUGAAUAAUGUCGCUAUUAUUGGCCCAUUAAGAAGUGAACCCGGAACCGACCUGCGGAGAUUAGCUGGGAAAAGCAUCGCCAUAAACUUGACCUGUUUCAUGUCGAUUUUAAUUUAGCCCCUCUCCCUAUUUCUCUGUCUAUUUUUUAAAUCAAACGCUAUUAUCAGCUCGACUCUCUGUUGUUGUGCAGCAGCAGCAGCAGCAGCAGCAGGAUGGGCUGCAGACUGUGGCUGAGGUGCCUUGCUUUCUCCACUGUGGAGUUCACGGUUCAUUACGCGUCUUGUCAGUAUUUUUCCUUAGACAUGAGUGCACAUUGCUUAUCGAGACCCCUCCUCUCCUCCUCCUUUAUUUCGCGCACAGAUUCAGCUCCAAUAAGACGGUUUAUUCCUCCAAAAAGCUAUCGAAGCUCGGGGUAUUAAAGGUAGAUUAGGGAGUGUUUCCCUUUUGUGCCGAUAUCAGAGAUAACCACAGCCUUCAUUAUGUGCUCCACUGACUGUUGGCACUCCGGGGACAUUGUAGUGCGCGCGCAGCCAUGACCCUAAUGGCCCAUACACUGCCGUUGAAUAAUGAUAACAGCAACCGAUGAUUAGAAUUAUGCAAAUCUGGAUUUUCGGCCAUUAAUAGCUGGAGUCAUUUGUGCAGCAGUUAGGGUUGCAGGCUAUGAGACAAUGAUUCAGUAAGUGAAACUAUCCCAGAGUUUUAAAGGACCCGUUUAUAACGCAUCUCCGCCGAUGAAGAGGGGGAGAAGAAAAAAAAUCCAGUGUCCAAAUUAAAGGGAUUAGUUGGAUAGUCCGACAUAAAAAGUAAUGAAGCGAUUAGGCUAAAUAAUUUAAAUUCGUGGACUUCCAUAUGCUUGAGUGGCUGGUCUGAGGACGCAGAGAGGCAGCCACAGGCUUUAAUGUUCCAGGCUGAAUGGCAGGACUGGGAGCGGACUGGGAAGACCCCCUCUCCUCCGCUCAGGCCCCUUAUGUCUGAUUAUGGAAAUGAGAAAGAUCACCCGGAAGAUAAUACUUCAUUCAAUCCAGAAGCAGAAUUAAAUAACACAGACGCCACUUGUGCAUUUAAGUGUCUCUUUGAAGGCUUGUUGUAUUCUCUCGGGAUUCAGUUGUCAAAAGUUUUUUCUUUCUUUUUUUUAUGUACAUGAGGUCAGGAAAUCGAGUGAAGCUUUAUAGUAUGUAGACAUGGAAAAAGGAAGUGUGAUCUCCCCUGGGUUUUCAGGUAGUAUAUGAAGAAAAUGAUGUUGUGCUUGAGGCGCUGAUGCAGAUCUUUAAUUGACUGUAAGAUGAAAACAUGGCCUAUUUUAUUGUAAUGACGGUCCCUACAUGUGGACAAUGUAGGACAGAACCACAUAUGUUUACUACAAUAUGUCAGACAAAUAUAAUGACCUCUUGGUGCAGUUCAUGUAACAACAUAGAGAAAACUUUUUGACAGCAGUGUAAUACUUAGGGGUGGGCUUGUGUUCCAGCAGGAUAACAUGGAGCCUGUCCUUAGCAGCAGCCUGUGUGUAAAUGGGCAUAUCCAAACAGUCUCUCUGCUGAAUACUUAUAUUGUCAAUCUAAUGGCACUGCGCUUCAUAACUUACUUGCGGCUGAAUAUAUAUUUUUUGAGUUUUGUGGGCUAUUUUUGUGUGACAUCUUAUCUCCAGUUGUUAGGGAGUGACAUCCUUAACGAAUUAGCGUUGUGUGUGCAUUAUCUCUUUCCAUAUGUAUUUUUAAUAUAUGCCCUCGGGCAUAAAGUUGAAGUGGACUGGAAAAAAAUGCUGAAAAUUUGCACAAAAGAACAAUGUUAACAAGAGGGAGAAAGCAGGCUCAUUUAUUCAUAAACCAAUUUAUUCCAGUGAGGCGACUGUAGCAGAGGAGAGAAAAAAAUGUCAGAGGAAAAGAAAAAAAAUACUUUGAAUUUAUUAAACCCAACAAUCCAACAGUGCUGACUUUCUUGCUACAUUAUGCCCUCUUGCGUCACAGCUGUAAUUUUCUGAAUAUUCUUUACAUGUCUUUACAUUGUUUUGUUAGCCUGCCUGUGCAGGCGAGUACGCAGGGAUGCUGAGCCCCUUUGAAAAGAAAGCAGAGCAUAGCUGAGAGGUGAAAAAGUCAGAGAGGCUCUGCGCUGGCUUGUGAAUGCAGCUCAGCCAGUUUGGGCUCACCCUCCUCUGUUUGUGUGUGUAUCGUUUUGUGUGUGUGUGUGUGUGUGUGUGUGUGUGUGUGUGUGUGUGUGUGUGUGCAUGAGCUGUGUGCAUGCAUAUGUCUUUAAGUGUAUGCAUGCAUAUAUGUGUGUGUGUGUGUGUGUGUGUGUUCAGACUGGCCUGAUAAAUGCAGCACCCCCCUCAGGUGCUAUGUGAGUGGAGUGACUGGUUAGCACCAGUUGGACUUUCUUAACCCUUUCCCUGCCACUCCCUUGAGAGCUUCCCCCUUAAUAUCUUCACUUGAGCAGCAGCACAUUUCCAGUUGCCCCACUCCACAAACACAUCCUGCCCUGCGCUCAGCUGCAUAUAGACAUAGUAGUCAGUAAAAAUCCACUAAUCUGAGGGAAUCUUGAAGAGGCCUUUCAUAUGGAGAGGUUUGUGUCCACACUGAGUAUGAGCUGCGUCUGUCUCAAUCCUCUUGUUGUUGUAGAAAUGUGGCAGCAGUCACUCCGCUGAUUGCGUCCCUAUUUGCCUUACGCACAUGUUCACCUCAGUCCAAAGAAGUGGGGAGGUAUAUUUCCAAGCCACUGUACGCCAUUUGCACAGUUGCCUUUAAUUGCACAGAGAGCACAGGGAGGGCUGCAGCAAUUUGCUAAUGAACUCUGUGGGCUUGGGCACUGCGCUGUAGAGCAGAAUACUACUAAUAGUGCUGAGGACUCCACUCCAAGUCUCGAGAGCUCCUCGUCUUGAUUGAGCCAUGCAGGCUGAAGUGGGGCUGGAAAUAAUUGAAAUUUUCCCUUAAAAAUCUUCUCCGCCUGCCUUUUUGUGGAUGUGAGAGAAGCUUAAAUGAUUUUGAACGCUCAGCAGUUGAGCUGUUGAGUUAAUUUAGUGAAGAGGUUAGGGCGGCUCUGUGACAUUUUUAGAGUGUGAUUGUUGUUUUCGCUGUUAAAUUGAUGUUAAAAGAAUGUAAAAAGCUGACAAUCUGAAAGAACAUCUAUACGUUGGCGCUCUGUGGCUGUUUUCUUACGUCCCGCACAAUCUUUCCUAAACAAACCCUGCCUGUGUGAGCUCAGUGUUGUGGUCACUGUGUAAGAAUUUACUCGUGAUAGUGCUAUCACUGUAUCUUUUCCCAACAAUUGGCACUGUUAUAGCAUACAAGUGCUGGUUUCCAGGUCAGAGAGACCCAGCAGUGUUGGUUUAGGUAACUCUGGCGGUCAAAGAGUGACCCCUGGCCCCCCCACCUCUUGCCAACCCUCCUAACUCAAUGGAAACCCUGACCGCUGGGGUCAGCCUCUAUUUUCCUAAUCAGUACACCACUAUCGCUAAUCUAUCCGCUUCUCGUUGAAGUAUGGAUCGAGUUACACCCGACUUCACAGCCGUGCACACUCUCUCUCUCUCUCCCUCCUUUUUCAUUGCCUCCCUCUCCAACAGUGGCAUGCCGCUGAUCUUAAUACAAACUUUUGAAUCAUGCUGGUGAUUGUUGGUAAUAGCGACUUUUGUCGUUGAAUAGAGGAGAGGUUUGACCCUCACUUGCCCCCUCCCUCCUUAACACCCACUCCUCCCUCCCCUGAACUCCCCUUUUUUCCAUCAGGGAGUGAAUGCGGGGCGGCUGUUAAGGAUUCAACAAGUGAUACAAAGAGGGGACCACGUGACCUGUGUGUUUCUUAGCCUCUUCAUUAUUGUGCUGGAAUAGCAAGUAGGGGUGAUUCUGAUUAAGCAAAUCAAGGCUGGAGUGACUUCAAAGAUAUAACGCCAAGAGCUUCAUUUAGAUUCAGACACCUAUACUGCAUUUUUCAUUUAUGCUUGGUUCUGGAUUUUUUCAGGUGAUGAAUUGGUUGAUUUUUUAUAAUAAAAAAAGACCAGAACUUGUGCUCAUUGGUGCUUUUCAUUCUCUGUUGAGAUCCACAAAAUCUCAAUCGCAAAUAAAGUUUCUGGCUUGUGUCUCAUGUUACUUCUGAUGGGUGGCCAUGUCUGUCCCCGAGGCCUGCUGUGGUUUCUUUGGCUAAGUAAACAAUAACCUGGGCUUAACACAUGUGUACUUAGCUAAUGGAAAGUUCCUCUCCCCCUUAACCCCCUGCAAGCCUCUGACAAUGGCCGCCGUCACAAACAGCCCGUCUCCGAGGGAUCCUCUGAGAAUAUCCCUCUGCAGCAAGCUAAGCUAGGCUAACAAAGAAACCACAGCAAAAACAUGUCAUUAAGAAAUUACGCUUGCCUUUUCAUUCACAGCUGUAAAAUACGGAAUAUGCUUUGUUUGGGGUUAGAUAGCGUUGAGGGGGGAGAGCACUCCAGUUAAUGUUUUUGUUUGGAUUUGAGCUCACAGAAAGUAAACAAGGACGCCUGAAGUGGAAAAGGCCAGGGAGAAAGAAAAUCAGUUUGUCAGUUUCCACGAAUGUCGUCUAAACGGACUUUGAAAGCGUUGGUAAUUAUCUCAAACAUGUAAUUAUCUUUGGUCGCCUCUUUGAAUUGAACCCGCCGUUUUUUGAAAAAGCCGACAGAAGAGUACCUGACGGCUCUUCAGGGUAGCAUACUUUACUGACUCAAGAGACCAAAUCCAGUUUUCUCCCUCACCCCCUUCAGCAAUUAUAAGGUUAUUCCUCCUUUCUUUGUCUAUUGUGGAGAGUAGGAGGAAGGGGAGUGCAAAACAGAAUGGGAGGGAGGGAUGGAAGGGGGGUCCUUUGCUCCCUCACUCCUUUUUUUUUUUUUUGCACCACGCAUACCAUUACCAGCCCCCCUUUUAUUUCAGAGGCACUAAUAUUGCAGCGAGGGGAGGAGAGAGGUGGCGAGAACAGAGAAAGCGGAGGUAGUUUGGGCGAGCACUUGCCUGGCCGGUUAUCAGAGAGGCAGAUCCUGCUUUAUCUAGUCACAGUGCAAAGCAAAGUAAACAAGAGUUUACAAUAGCUGGCCUUUCAGCCCCUUUCACUAACAGCUUCCCCAUCAGCGCUUGGCUGAGUGCGAGAAUGUGUCCGCCGCGCUCAUUGCAGGCCAUCUCGCUGCUGCUGCAACACAUGGCAUUCUCACCGAUUUCAACUCCAGGAAGCAGAGCUGUUGCAAAAGGUCAAAAAUGGUGUUAAAGAAAACAACCACAGAGAACACAUGCACCAAAGCAUUCUGGGGGAUGAAGUAGCCUGACUGUCAUCUUUGAUUCAGAUGUACCACCACUGAAGAGUGUACAUGUGGGGGGGGGGUUAUUUGGAUAUUUAUGUCUGUGCUGUUAAGUAUGCACAUACGAUUAUUUCUGCACGCUCGCUGGCAUGGAGUGAAAAGUAAAUAUCCAUAUCAUCACAAAAGAUAUUUCAGAGUGAAGGGAGCCAGGAGGGUGGGGGGCAAAAGCACGACAACUUAACCAUUUUUUCUUUAUUAUUGCAAAUGAAUUGGCAAGGCAACAUUUCUUGCAUGAGCGCUUGUAUGAUAUGGGGACCUGGCACAGCGAGAAAGGGAACCCCCCCUUUGCAUCUUAUACGCGGCACAAUGAGAAUGCAUCGGAUUGGAAUGCCUCACUGAUCAUAGCGGAAUCAGAAUUUCCAGCAAGGAAAAUCUUUUCAUGGUGAAUUAGGGUGGUGGAGGGAAGAGAGAUGGUAAUAAAAAAAGAGAAAGAGGGAGAAAAAAAAGGUAUGCACGGCUCACAAAUAGGGUUCCCUUGGCUUUGGCGCAGCAGAUUUAAGAACUUUAGCUAAAGCUAGGUCGAAUAGAAUGUGGAAAAUUGAAUUUACUAAACAAUUAAGCAGUGAAUUACUCUACAUCCUGCACAGGGGAGAGAGAGAGAGGGAGAGAGAGAGGGUGGAGAGACCAUGGCGGCUCAUUAGGGGGACAUGAAGUAAAUCAAGUCUGUAGCUGUGUGUGCUUACAGACAGCUCUCUGUAGCUCUCUGUUUCCUCCAGUUUGCUCUUUAUGCAUCCAUUCAUCUCCUGAAUUGACACAACUCUUAUUUUGAAGGUGGACCUCGACAUUGUGUGCUGAAGUCUUGUUGGCACAGGGUGUGUGUGUGUCUUGUGGCCAAGGUGUGCUUUUGUCAAAUAGGUACUGUGAAUAUGACAGUUCUGUAGUGUGUUUGCAAAAGGUAGAUGAAAAAGUGUUUGCAUGAAGUGCUAAGAAAAGUGUUUGAGUGUGUUUAUGCAUGGGUGUGUGCACACAUACACACACGAAUGCAUGCAUGCAUGCUGUGUGACCUGUGUGUGCUGGUAUGUGCGUUGUGUGAUCUCAGCCGUGUGUGUAUUAAUUGCGUGUUAGAUCAGUGCCGGAGCCUGUUCAGUCCAAGGGCAGCCUGUGAUUAUAAAUAAACUCCCCGUCCCCGCGGAGAUGCCACCAGGCCCUGUCUCAGCUCCGCCCCGUUUCCCAUGGGGCCUCAGCAGGCCACCUCCCAACAGGCAAAGCGUUCUUUUGUUCAAUUACAGCUAAUGCAGUAGUUUGCCAUUUCCCCCUGCACUUUCUAAUUAUAUUUUGAAGUGGAAUUUGUUUCAGAAUUAAAGCAAAAUGAAAAAAAAAUCCUUUUUUUGUGAGCCGGGGCUCAAGGGUUUUUUUGAUACUUACCGUUUUUUUCACAUCCCCCGGGGUACUGUGCUAUUCUUCUUCUUCACAGAGCUCUGAAUAAACAAGUUCUCCUCAUAUUUUAAAAGCACAUUUGAAGGAGCUGGCAAAAGCCCAUGUUAACUGUUUGCCUGCUGAGCAUGUGGUCUGGAUUACCUCACUUCUGAUGUUCUCUGGAGUCUCUCAGUCAUGCACGGGUGUUUCAUUUUUUAGUGCUUUACGCUUAGUAAAAAAAAAAAAAAAAUCUGUAAGAGGCAGAAAAAAAGAUCGUCUCUUGGUAUCUUAUCCCUGUUAAAAUCAACGUUUAUCUACACAGUCACCAUUCUAGUCAUGCCUUUGUGCUGUGGCUUUCCUCUUUAUUGCAAAGCCUCAAAGCCUAAUUUAGAAAACAACGAUUAUAUCGUCCAUGUAAGCACUGGAUUAUAAUUUCAUAGCCAGGGAACAUCAAACAGGCUCUAAUGAAGCCCAAAUGUGUUGAAUUUGCUGACUUGUGUUUUUUUCUGUUACUUCCCUCCAUCUACAUUUUGUUUUAAACAAACCCUGUGUCAUGAAUUAAUGCCUACUUUACUUUUUCAUAAUUCCAAACUCAGCUUCAUCCCUCCUCCUCCUCCUCACCACAGAUGCAGCACUGCUCUGACUUUCCCAAUUGAAACCAGUUGUUCCCCAGUGUGCUCCUCUCCUCUCCUCUCCUCUCCUCUCCUCUCCUCUCCUCUCCUCUCCUCUCCUCUCCUCUCCUCUCCUCUCCUCUCCUCUUCUCUCCUCUCCUCUCCUCUUCCUCUUCCUCUGUGUGGGUUUCUAUCACUCAUUUCAUCACAUUGCCCUAAAAGUGAGAUGCAGACACCACAUUGCUCCUUGAUAUCUGCUUCAUUUGAUUCAGCAGAGUAAAGAUAGACCCGCGCGGGUGGCAGAGUAGAGCAGGUAGAAGUGUGUGUGUGUGUGUGUUUGUUUGUUGUGUGUUUGUUUGUGAUAGCUAGCUGCGUGUGAUAAGACAUUAGAUUCCAUUUCCCUCUAUUUUCAAGUCUUUUUUCCUCCCUGUCCUCAGCGCUAAUGUGGCUUUUUAGAGGCCCGCAGAGAUAAGAGGUUACAUCUGGUUUAGUUUCAAUAAUGUGUAGCAGCUUCGUAUGGGGCAGUGUGUAACAUCGGUGUGUGUUUUUGGCUUUCUCUGUGUCUUGAUGUGUGUAUGAGCUCCAUAUCUGUAAAAAUGUGGAACUAAACGUGUUUUUUUUUCUGACUGUUUCAUAUUGGAUGUCUGUUUACCUGUGUGUUAUACUUCUGUCAGGACCGUUUACGGCUCUUCGCCCCUUCCACACACACACAGACACAUAGACAAACACAGCCUAAUAUUAACCAAAGUCUCCUGCAUCUCUCAUCUCAUCAGCUGCUUGUGUUUGUUAGUGUUUUAUUUUUAAAUCACACAGAAAGGCAUGAACAUCCGCCACAACUCUUUCCUUUGUCUAUAUAAAGUUAUGAAGCUUCAGGUUGGUCCGUCAUGCAAUACUUUUGUUUCAUUUGUAUAUGAGAGAGAAAAGACUGUGGGAAAACUUCAGCUUAUUUGGAUAUGUCUGCAUCCUGGCCCAGCUCGCUCCAAAUGAAAUUUAAAUCCACAUUAGUGAGAUCGGUCAUCCAUUUUUGUUUCAUAUUUUUUGGACUAAACACAGUAUUUAUAUGAAUGUAGCAAUGCUUUGAGUUAUUUACCUCUCUCUCUCUCCCUCUCUCUCUCUCUCUCUGGUCUGCUUUGCUUGGAUGACAUCACUCCCUGGCGCUGGCUGCGGCCUAUCUUAAGUUGUAGCUGUUUUGUAUUUUCAUCUGCUAGUGGUUUGAGCCAAAUGGAGGCAGCCGUGGAUUGCAUGCCUCAGAAAGCUGGGAACUAAUACAACAUGUUCUUUGGCUAUUUGUGUCAGCCUUUCUCUACAUCGAGCCCCAAUAAUCCACAUGCCGUAUGACUGUUGCAGGGGCACACACGCUGCAUGACUGGGCAAAUUAUAAAUUCACUUUUGUGUGUGUGUGUGUUUUUUUUUAAAUGUCUGCUUCUUUUCUUGUGAUUUAAAACAUCUGGAGACAGAAGUUUUAAGCAUGUGUGAAAGCAAUAGAAGGAGAUAAAAACUAAUGAUGGCAGAAAAAAAGCCAAGAGGAAAAGAAUUGUAAUGACUGAUCCUUUUGUUUUCUCUCGUUUUUUCUUUUUCAAUCAGACGUCCUGGAACAGAGAUCACGAUGACACAGCGUCCACACGCUCUGGAGGAACGCCGGGCCCAUCCAGUGGUGGACACACAUCACACAGUGGUGACAACAGCAGUGAACAGGGUCAGUGCUUGAAUCUUCUUAUGAAUCAGAUGGAGGAGAUGAAAUUCACAUGUGGACAAGGGUGCUUGGGUUAUCAUCUGCUCCACUAUAUUAUUAUACACAAACACAGAGUCUCUGUCUGUCUGGAAGAGGAGUGAUAGGCUUUGUCAGCCUUUUGGGGGGAGGUGUUACUGUUUACAACAAUUCAGUUGCUGGUAAUGACUGACAGAAAGGUCAGAGGUCAUGAUCACUGCUGGAUCUGAUUUACAUUGCUGCCUCACUCAGGGUCACACUGUUAGAGUCAAGGUGAUGAAGUGGUUUCUGUUCGCACAAGUUUGUCUGUUUGUCCUUUUUCUGUCCAUCUCAUUUUAGUUUAUGUGUUCAUGCACUGUUUGAUUCCUUAGCUUGCAGACACUGAACAUGUAGGUCACUCUCUGUGUGCUCUUUUUUUUUUCAUCUCUGUUUUGAUGGCAAAUGUCAUGUUUCAGUACUGACAGGUUGUAUACACCUGUUAAAGGAAAGUCAGGCUUGUAAAACACGUGUGGAUGUUCAGAUGACUGAAGAGAUUGUAGUUCUUUCACAGAAUCUAUGAUUAAUUCAUUUAUUUUUACCGUUUAUGUGUUUUUCCUUGAAAUAAAAGAUAAAGCGGGUAGAAAUGGGGAUAUUUUGCAGGAUCUAGUGGUCAGAUUUUAGGUUUAAAUACUUCUUGCUGAGGUGAGCCAUGGUGGUCCUCGAGGACAAGGAACUCCUGUACUAAGUAUGCACCACCAUUUUUUAAGUGUUUACUAUCAGAAACUUUAAUGAGUACAUUUUUUUCAUGUACAACAACAACAACUCUCUGCUUCCUCUCCCAAACUCUGCAUUUUUUGCAAAAACUCAGUUUAAAACUAAAAUGCUCUGUGAGUUUGUUUGUUCUGUGGAACCAUGGCAGGGUAAGAUUUUGGCCUCAGUGAAAAGGCCACCUGCUCCUGCAUUCAAGGCUCAACACUAACUUAGACAGAGUUCUGAGUAUUAUAUCUACUCUGUUCUGCUAGAUGUUGUGUUGAAUGCCACUAAAAACUGCACACUGCACCUUUAAAUGGUUACAAACAUUCGUCUAUAAUUCCUUCAAGACUGGACAGCUGUGCUGAGGCUGAAUGUGUGUAUGCAUUUGAGGCAUAUUUGUGUGUGUUGAGAGAUGGUGAGACAUAAAAAAGCGAUGGUGGGAGACGAGGUUGGUGUUGAUGGUGAGGGGUGGGGGGGAGGAAGGGGGGGGGCAGUGUUGCAAACAAACUGUAGGCAAAAAAGCAACUUCAUAUAUUAUUGAAGGCGAUGUCAAGGCGAGCAGUUUGCAGGGUUGCCAGUGCCAGGAGGCAGAGCCUGGGUGGGAGCAGAGAGCGCCGCCAUGCCUUCCACUCCACUGAGCAGCCAUUUAUACAGUCACACACACACACACACACACACACACACACACACACACACACACACACACACACACACACACACACUGUGUCUGUCUUUGUCUCUGUAUCUGUCUCACAUUCAGUCUCAUCCUCUCUUUUUCUCUGUCCUUCACACACAUCCACUCUUUCUCUUCUUCUUCUUCUUCUCUCUCUCUCUCUUACACCUACUUACAACACACACACAAACAGAUACACACACACACACACACACACACACACACACUGUCUUUUUUCCUCGUUCGUCAUUAUUGCUGCAGAGAGGAGCUAAGGGAGUGAGAGGUGAGACACGAGGAGAGACAAAAAUAAAAGAUGGACAGAGUAUGUGUAAGGAGAGGACAGGAAAAAAAGAGUGAAAUUACAGUGAAUCAGGGGGAGACAAAGCAAUAGAGUGUGUGUGUGUGUGUGUGUGUGUGUGUGUGUGUGUGUGUACAUAUGCCUCUACCUCUGAUGACUAAUGGUCUGGGGCAGCCAGGCAAGAUCUGAUUGGUUGCUCUAAUGAGCGUGCUCUGUGCCGAGUUUGGGCUCCUGCUUCUCUGACCUUUGCCCUCUAUUGACCAAACUGACACUUCAUUUUUCACAUCUUUCCAAUUAUAGGCCCACUCCUUAUGACGGCCCGCCUCCUCUUACUCUCCCUUUCUCUUUCUGUCUCUCAUCAUCUCUCUCGCUAUCUCUGCAUAUCCCUCUCUUACACCCCUCCAUCUCUCUCCCUCUAUCGUAGGUUUUUGUUUGUUGUUGAAGUCCAUUAAAGGGUAGAAUGGGGGGUUGUGUUCAUGUGUGAGUGGAGAUGUGCACAUUAUGAGUGUGUAUGUAGUAGUGAAUGGGCCAGUUUGAUUUGUCAGCACAACAGAACUGGAACUUAACAUCAUAAAUAUACAGUAUAUGUGGGUAUCAGUACAAGUUUGGCUUUUUACUAUUAAAUGACAGAAUUUUUCAAUCAAAUAAGAGCAAAAAAAUGUUCCUGACUUUUAUUUUAUUUUGCAUGUAAAUGCUGCUGAGGAUUUACUAAAGGGUAACACUGUUACACAUUCAAAAAUAUGCAGAGAUGUGGUUGCCUGCUGACUUCAGUCUGAUUUGCUGCACCUGUAUGUUUAGCUUAUGGACUGUAGGGAUGGGCGAUAAAUUAUCAUUCGCAAUGUAUCGUCAGAAAAAUCCUCCUUAAUUAAUAUUUGCCAUCUCGUUAUAAAUACGAAAAAUGCAAGUUGAUGACGUAAGCGCCAGCGACAGAAUCGCAGCUAUAGCCCACACAGAUCAGAAUGACAAACAAACAUGGCUGAAAGUAAUGAAGAAGACAUUUCUGAGCAGCUGGUUACUGAACGAGACUCCACAUGAGAGAUUUCCUUCAAGAUUGGGGUUUAGAUGAGUGCAAUCAGGUAUGCCUGACAUCGGACAGUGGAUCUGCUGCUCUGUACAAUAAGAGUUUUUUUAACAAAUGUUGAAAAUGUUUUCAUGUUUGAGACUUGUUUGAUGUCAUUAGUUUUCUCCAUAACCUACCACUCAAACUUGUGGUUAAGUAUCUUAUUUGACUAUUUGUCUUGUGUUCUCAAGACAGAAUGAGUCAAAAAUAUAGAUUGGAAUUACAAUAUUUUUCAUCAGGACUUUCAUUGUUAUCGUCAGAAUGGAAAAUCUUAGUGCGAUAAUUUUUUAGCCCAUAUCACUCAUCCCUACUGGACAGAAGCUUAAACCUGAGGUAGUGAUCUAUCAAUUUUGUUAAACACAAGAUGCACAUUUAAAGUGAAAGGUGCCAUUCAAAAGCAAAGUGGGGUCAGUGUUUUACAUUAGAGUAGCAGACAGCAGGAAGACUCAGUGGUGCCUAAACCACAGUGAGCAGAAAGGGUCAAAACAGCACACUUUAAAGGGAAGUUUGUUGUUUAACUAUACUAAAACUAACAUUUUAUCAUGGACAGCACUGGAAAAUCCCUUAUAUUGCUAUUUUUCAGCUAUACAUCUUUUACUGUUGAUUAAGUUAUAAUCACAUUUCUUAAUUGUCAACAUUUCAUUCUGUGAUUGCUUUAUAGCAAUCCUCUUGCUCAAGCUUUCAUAGCAGCAUGUUAUAGUCCACAGUUUUUAUAUGAAACUUAAAUAAAAAAAAACCCUCACAAAGUCAUAUUGUUCAAGCAUCCAAAUACUUAAUGACAUCAUGUCAUAUCAGUUUAUUAAUUUUGGAGAUGAAGCUCAGGCAGCAUUGAAAAGCCCUCUCACCAUCACACUAAGGCCGGAAGACACACUGAUUUCUUGUGUGCGUGUGUGAUUGUUUUGUUUAUGUGUUUAUAUGGGGACAAAUACACACACACACACAAACACAAACACACACACACACUGGUAUACAGAGUGCAGAGCAUGAGGACGCUGUGACAACAGUAAAUACCAGAGGACAUCUUGGACUGUGUUCAGGUUUAUAUGGGUUAAGCGCUAUCACUGCCACGUCAUUUUGGCUCUGGCAAAUUGUAUGUCAGUCACUCUGUAAUCCCAGUAAGCUGGUUAUUUAUCUGUUUGGCACUUUGCUUGCUCUCUCUCCCCGACAGAUUUGCCCUGCUGUCUUUCUCCUCCCUCUCUCUCUCACUCUUUCAUCUCAGCAUCCUCCCUCUCUUCUCCGGUUUUCCCUUGUCUCCCACCUACUCUCACGUCUCCGUCUUUCAUUUUGCUCUCAGUCGGUUUCUCUCUCCCUGUGAACCCCCGUGCUUUUCUCUCUCUCUCCUCCCCCUUUUUUCUUCUAUGCCUCCCACUCCCAAUAAAACACUACCUUUGUUUAUCACUCUUCUCUCCUUUCCUCUUUGUUCCCUCAGCUUCCUCUCCUUCCUCCCAGUCUCUCCCUUUCCCUUUGCCACAUAACUGUUUUUCCAUUUCAUUUAAUCUUGACAUCUAUUUUCUUCAUCUUUCCCUUUUUGAUGUUUCCUCUAAAGUCUUUUUCUCCUAUUUAUUGUCCAUUUUUUCCUUUUUCAUCUCACCUUUUCUGCUCCCUCUCAUCUUCCUUCUCUGAGUUUCACUUCCUCAUCUCCUCCCCCCUUUCCUUUACAUUUGAUUCUCUUACUUUCCCUAACAUCCUCCUUUCCUCUCUACCUUCCACAGAUUGCUUUCUCCAUGACCUUUUCCUCCCCGCCACUCUGUUCCACUCUCUUCAUUUCUUCCUCUCUGCCUGUCCAGCUACACAUAAUGGCCAUCUUUCCCUCCUUCAUGUCGUCUCUCCGUUCUAUCAUCUCUCCUUCAAUCCACCUCUUUACUCCUUGUUCUCAGCAUAUGGAUCCACCCUUUUACUUUCCUUUUAUAACUCAUCUUGCUCUUUCUCCGUCUAAUUCCAUUGCUCUACCUCUUGCCCUCUUGUACCCUUCAUCGCCCCCCUCGAGCAAAGCCUUAUAGCUCAGAGGAAGGAUGCUGGAUGGUUGAGGGCCUUUAACAAGUGAACUCAGGUCUCCUCUAUCAGCCUUUUUUCUGAGGCACAAACACAUGCUCCGCUCUGCCCUCUUGUCUGAACGGUUCACUGCCCACUAGUGUAAAAAUCUCCAUCUCUACCCGCAAACACAACAGUCACUCUCUGAACGUUAAGAGCUGCGGGAGUAGGGAGGAGGAUAUCACAAUAUUACAUAAGGUUGGAGGUCUCAGAUCCUCUCUUUAACCAGCAGGUGUUUCGCUGUGAUUUGUCAGUCUCACAUUAGGAAUCAGAGCGAUUAAACAAAGACUGCAGAUUUAUUUUUGCAUGUGGUGAUAAUGCUGGCAUGCUGAGUCCUCAGUUAUGUGUUUAUGCUCUGACCACAAUGCCGGUGGUACUUUUUUUUUUUAGCACUGAAUUCCAUUGGCAGCCAUAAAAAAAUGGAGGGAGGAUCACAUUUGCUUCACACAUGUCAUUAAAAUCAGUCCUGGGUGUCUCCUCUUUCUCUAAAAGAGAGACAAAGAAAAAAAGCCUCUUAUUUUUUUUCCUCUCUUUCUCCGGGAGAUCUUUGUAAACAUCCAGCUAAGCUUCGACAAGGAGCAUUGCAGGGAGAGCGGCCCUGUAGUUAAUUAGUCCCACUCUAUUAGCCCAGCUGUUUGCAAGCUAGUUCCUACCAGCAGACCCUUUGUUUAAUACCCAGAAGCCCUCUGGAGAAGCCUCAUUGUAGCUGUUGUUGCCUUGGAUCAUGCUUCUCUGUGAAGAGUAAUGCUCGAAGGGCAGAGGAAAAGCCAACAGAUCAUGUAUGCGUUGUGAUGGGAGGGGUAGGGGGUCUCCCUCAUGGACAUGAGCUGGGCCCUCUCUUUUUCUUCCCCCAGUAUAAAGUACUCCUCUUUGCCUAUGUGAAUUUGUAAGGACACCCCUUGGCUUCUCCGAGGGACACAGAAAAACAUUCAGGCGCUGAAUCGGGCAGCUGCAGCCGUGUAGAUGCUAGCAGAGCAGAGAGUUGGCUUUAUUUCUGAACAGCUACAGGGUUUCCUUCUCUACACGUCAGAAACAUCCAGGGAGUGAGGCGAUGACUGGCGUUAUUAGAUAUGUAUCACCAAUUACCAAGACCGUUUGUAAGGAGUACAGUGUGGUGCGCCAAGUCAAAUAGCUCCCUGUAAGGCUGUAUGUUAGUGUCUGAUCUCUUGUGUCUGUGUGGUGGACUGAGAUUUCUGGUUGUUGAUGUGGUGCUCAUCAUUGAGGUUGUUUAUUUUGGCUGGUCUGUUUAAGGGAUAGUUACAUUAGAAAUUUAAGAAGAUUUUUGCUCUUUAAUGACUUCAACUACAUGCAAGUCUGGGCCUGAUAUGCAGGGGUCUUAAUCAAAUGUUGUAGUUUGUCUCAACAACGCUUCAAGUUUUUUUUGACGUAAUAUUUCAGCUGUAAUAUUCCAGAUCAAGUCAUGAGAGUAUUUACAAAAAUCUGUCUAUAAAUGACUGAAAGAAUAAAAUGCUGUUACCAAUAGUCAAAACAAAUAGGCCCUUAAAUGUGUUGCAUACUAAAAAUACUGUAUAAAGUGCUUCAUAUUGCCAUAGUGAGAUGGUCGUUCUCUCUGACAUCAGGGCAGGAAGUGCUGUUUUGUUAGCCUCAACGACAUAUGCGCUGUGAAAUAUCACUCACUUUUCACCACUUCUCAAUAAAUCAAUAACUGAAGAGGCACCAGACAGAAAUUUAAGUAUAUCAUGUUCAAACGAUGUUCAGUAUUUGACAAACAACCUGCAAUACCGUUGUAGGUACCAGAUGUGUUCGGGCUGCCAGAUCUGCUCAGGGUCCAGCGCCAAUUGAUGAUGUCACGCUAUAUGAUUGGUUGAGAGUUGGUUCAGAUGACAUAGAAGACUAGUUGGUCUGGACAUUACUGAGCUGGUUUUCACCGGAUUUGGUUUCAUGGGAUUGUUGUUCUUCAGAGAAAACAGGCAAAUUUUACGAAUUAAUCUAUCGCUACUUAUCAAAUGGAACUUUCUUUUUUUUCCUUUAGAAAAGUUAACAUACACAAUAAAAACCAUCUAAAAUUACAGUACAGGAAGUUGUAAUACUUUGUUUCAUAUGGAGAGAAAAUAUGAAAGCCAGUUGAAUGAACAAACGGAAAUAAAGGAAACUGCAAGGGGCUUUUAACUGAGCACCUUUGACUUAUUAAAUGGAGUGCUAUGGAAUGCUUUAGUUUGUCCAAGUUGACUUGCCAUAGUGUGACGUCUUCAACAGGUGCUGGGCCCCGAACACAUCUGGUAUCUACACCGUCAGACAACUAUUAAAGCUAAAAUUUAACUACAUUUUGAGCGAACAUUUGUGUGAGUAAAUGCUAAACCUCAAUGGUAGCUAAUCAGUAAUUGUUCCAGUCCCUGAAUAAUGAGGUGUUUUUACCUUUUUCAAUAUGGUUCAGUGGCCGUUUGUGUAUUAUCUGUUCACUGUUUUCUCCAGUCUCUUUUGUCAGUUUAGAAAUGCUGAAAUAACUGUGGCAUUUUGAGUGGCUUCAGAUGAAAAUAAGAGCUGUGUGAAUGUAGCCAAAUGAAGUCAGUGUUGUUCACCUGACCAGUUGCUAGUUUGAAGGUGAAGGAUGUGGUUCUUACCCAACCCUCUUUUAGGAUGUGGCUCAUAGAAUAUUUGGAUAGUCCCCUUCCCUGUUUUGUCAUAAAUUUGAAUAUCUGUACACAGAUUAAUCGCGCUUCAUCAUUCUGACUCACUGUAUCUAACCUUAGCUGGCUUUGAAUCCCCAUCGAUCAGGCACAAAUAUUCCUGAUGUUGUCAUCCAUCCAUCCGCCCUCCAACCUCUGUGGCCUCCAACAAGGUCAGGCCACAGAGGAGCUGCUGCUUUCUGCCUCCUCAUUGGCUGCUCUCCAGAGCUGUGGCGAGCAAACGGGGACAUGGACAGGGGUACCAGGCAAUCAGCAGCCAGCUCUGUUUUGACCAAUCACUGGGCUUCACGUGGCCUCCUCAAAGUCACCGAUUAAUUGGUCCGAUUGUCCAGUAGACUGGAAGAGAGGACUGUUGGUGUUUGUGCGGUGUGUGUAUUCUGCCUGUCUGAAUACACACAGACAGCCAGAAUACACACAGUCUGUCUCCUUCAGGAGCUUUUCUUGAAAUUGGUGUUACAAUGUUUAAGUGAAUGACUCAUGUUAAAGAGAAUUAGAUAUGCUUGAAGACUGAAAAUAUGGUGUGUUGGUUGUUUUGGAACUCAUAUGGGAGAGUUUCCAGAAUUCAAACCUGACAGCUUGCAUUUUGAAAAUCUCUAAAAACCAUGAAAUUUUGCGGUGAUGUAGUUGAUGCUGAUUUUAUGAAAAGAAGUAAUUUGUGCACAUGCCAAGCUUCAUACUAUUUCUGGCUAGACAUUAAAGAUGCACAAAUCUUCAGGUGGAAAUGAAGCCACUGAGAGAAAGAUUUACUUCCUUUUGUGCAAAGGUUGUCUAGACUUUGUCUAGACAUUAUUGAGGCAGAUCCUCAGGCCAGUAAUUGUCUUUCUGGUGUCCAGCUUUCCUGGUAAUCUGUUUAAAUGUGAGGCUGUGUGGGUAGAUAAAAGGUAUGUGGUUCUCUUGAUUAGUCUGCAGUCUGUAUUACUGGAGGUGUGCGUGCGUACGUGAGUGAGUGUUUGUGUGUGUGUGUGUGUGUGUGUGUGUGUGUGUGUGUGUGUGUGCGUGCGUGCAAGUACAGUAGCUGGCAGACACAAACAGGAAUCUCUCUUUGAUUUCCUCAGAGUGUGAACACAGGGAAAAAGGGAGAGGAAGGUGACAAAAGUGGAAGGAAAAAAAGAAAGAAACUGUGAAAUGACAGGGAACGAUAAGGACGGAAGAAAGAAGCAAAUCUCUGAGUGGAAACGUUUUGAUGCUGAAUGGAGCAGUGUGUCUGCUUGUGUGAAAAUCCCAUAGUGAGUGAGGAAAAGGGAGUGUGUUAAGUGCUGCUGAGUGUUGUUUGGGAGUCUAUUGAGGCGUAAUGCUCGCUGCCAGUGAACAGCAAUAUCUUUUUCUGUUGGUUCAGAGGUGAAAGAGUUGUAGCCAGGCCACCUCAAGCCUUCCAUGUGCCCCUUAUAGUGGGUUUAAAUAAAGUGUGUUUAAGCAUGUGUCUAUGUUUUAAGAGCAUAUAACCGGAUGUUCAUAUGCUGUUUGUAAAAAUCAAUAGUCGAAUGUAUGAAGGGUGAUUGUGUUCAAGUCAAAGCUUGAGAUAUCGUCCCACUAAAGCUCCAGUAGGAAUGUUGAUUCAGUCUUAACUGGAUUUACAGCCUCUCAAACAUUACUAUCUGUUGUUACCUGGGAAAAGAGAUGUUUGGCGUGUCAGCGUCCAAACAUGACCCCCCUCCCUCCUAUAAUCACUCACAUCUUUACGACCUUGCUCUAUCAUGGUGGCCAACAUGUCCACUGACAUGUAGCGACUGGCCUGGCAGAAAAUGAUAGCCCUCAAUGAGUUUUUAUUGCCUCGUAGGCAAUAAGCAAACUCUCAGUGGCCUGAGUUUGCCCCUCUUGAAAAAGAGGAAAUUGUAUCAGGUUCCCACAGCAAGGGGCCGGUUUGCUUUUAGGAUUAGGGCUGGUGUCACCGGGCUGCAGGGGGUCAUGUGGAAGAAAGAGUUAAAAAUACAACCAAACAAAGUGACUUCCUUCUUUCCUCUCCUCUCCUCUGUUUACCAAUCAGGCUCACUGACUUGUUUUAUUGGUGAGAGUGAACUAUUGGUCCAUGAGAGUUUCAAAGUCAUAAAGUGUUUGAUAAGCUUUCAGGGGCUGUUUCACUCUUUAAAUUUGUGAUUUAUUGACUUUUUGUUGCUUCGUAUGUGUACACAUCAUCAAAUGAGCAUUAUACUGGCUCCUUAUCUGUACUAUUUCUCACAGUCUCUUCUCUUUUUUUUGUCUUUGUGCCCUUUCUCUUUUUUGCUGUCUCAUUUCUUCCCCCUUGCUGUAACAUUUGUUUGUAUUUUAAAAGUGAAUAAACUGUCCACAUCCAUUUCUCUGCUAUUUAAUCCCCCUGCUUUUACAGAAUCCUUCUUUCUCUCUGUCUGUUGGUUACAUGUGGGCAUGUUUGCAUGACCAAAGAAAUGCAAAGUCUAGCCCCGACCAUUACAAUCUGCCUUGCAUGCACAAUUUACAUGAAAUACAUAUUCAUUCAUGACAAGCAUGCACACAAAAUAGCUUCUCCUCCUCUCCUCCUCCCCUUCUCUUCCCUGUGCUUUCUCUAAGUGUUUCUCGCUGUCUUUGGAUUUGUUGUGAUUGAGAGCCUUUCAAAUGAAACACUGCUUUCAUUAUUGUGUCAUACUUCAUAUUAAGUUGCCUUUUAUCUUCCUUACUCUACCUGUGUGAAUCACACCGUGCAGCUCGCUGCCACUCCAAAGUACAACAGAUGUUCAGGGGAAAAUAUAUAAAAGAGGUUCUGCUUCAUUUGCUUCAGAGAGGGAGAGAAAGCGGGAGGGAAAUGUAUCUUUAGCUCCCAUGUUAUAAUUGUGGCACGCUAAUGAUGUAGACACAUUCUCGCUGUCUGUUUACAGGAAGUGCUCUUCUUUAAUUUGCGAGUGGCGUGAAUGCCAAAUGCCUAUAUCUAAUUACUGGUGUUUGGUAAAAGAUACUAUUUACACACACUUUUUGCCUCCUCGAGGUCUCUUGUGUGUUAGGGUGGGGAGAUUAUGACAGAGAAAAGUGAAAUGUGCAAACGUGGUAUAAAGACUCAGAAGAUGAUUUUUCUCUCCUUUCUUAUUUGAAACAUUUCUCUCUGUGUGCAGGGAGUUAAAAAUAACAGAAGAAAAGAACAUUUUCUCACAUUAACAUUUGACGAUGUUUUCAUUCAAUAUGUCUGGACUCAAGAUGGUGUUUGAAAGUUCAAUGAGAGGAAUCCUUUGGGCUUGAUUUCUGUAUAAAGCACCAUAAUUUGCACCAUUGUGGUGCAAUCAUGUCCUGAAAGAAGACGCCACUUUUGUCAAAAUUGCUGGAUAUCAUCUUCUGUAAGCAAGUUCUUUAGCUUUGAUUUGCAAAUGUAAACACAUUCAAAUGUGGUAAUGCUGCACUCCUCGUGAAAAUGACAAAGCUAUAGAGUGCACAUAUAUAAAGUGAAAUCUUUUCUGUGUAUGAUGGCAGUGAGGGUCUGUGUUCUCACCAUGGGAAACUUCUCAUACCAAGAUUAGUGACAAAUUUGGAAUUCAUCACAAGUUUGCACUUCUUAUUUGGUCUGUUUUCAAUUCAGCUCCAAAUUGCCUCAGUUCACACAGAGAAACCCACCCAUCCACCCACCCACACACGCACAAACGCACGCACGCACGCACGCACGCACGCACACACACACACACACAGAAACAUACACACACACAUGGGCUUUCGUAAGCAGAAAAUGCCCUGGCUUUAAUCAUGGCCAAAGCAGGUUCAUAGGGAAUCACGGCGACUCAUCACUGACGUGUCACAACACAUUACAUCUGACCGACAAAACAACCAAAAACUCUCUCUCUUCCUCUCACUGCUAACUUCCUUUCUUCUGCCCUCCCUCCCUCCCCCUCCUCUGAAGAGGAGCUGAGCUCAGAGCCCAGGGGUCCUCUGAUCAGAUAGAUGUUAACUUUUCAGGCAAAACACUGAUAGCAGGCUGGAGAAUUCACAUGAUAACCUUUGACAGCAGAGUGACCUGAUAAGCUACCCACUAUACAGGAAAAAGCUAGUUUUAACCUUUUUUUCGAUGUAUUUCAGAUUGCUAUUUAAGAGACAUGCUGUUUGCACACUCACUCGAAUGGAAGCAGAAAAGAGAGAGAGAGAGAGAAGGAAUGGGGGAGGGAAAGGAAGAGCAAAGAGACAGGGUAUUAGCACAUUGUUUGGUGGAGAAGCAUUGUUUGGCCCCUUGGCACGCACACAAAUAAGCAAGUCUCCCACACACACAUACACACACAAGUGCGCACACACACAGGCACAGAGCAGCAACGUUUAUUUAAGCUUUUGAUAAAGAGAUUAGACCCAUCAUCCUACGCUCUUAAGCUAGCCGAGGGGGUCCGUGUUCAGGAAAUCCUGGCUUUCCUGACACAUAGGCUUAUAGGGGAAACCUGGCUAAAGCAACACUUAUAUGAUAUUAUUACGAUUCCUAAUGGAAAGAUUAGCAAGCUCAGGUCUGAAAAUGAAGAGCAGAUAGGCCAGAUUGGAUUGACUGAGGAAGAUGGUGAGGAGGUUGAAGAAAAAGAGACUUUUAAGAUAUAGUAAGAGAAAGAAAAAGGAGAGAAACACAUCGAGGAGGUGAAGUAAGUGUGCCAGCAGGGCUUUUUCUUUAUUAUUAGCCCUAUCACUGUGGUUGGAGUUCAGCUUAAAGCUACAAACAGUGAAGUGCUAAUUUUAGCCUCUAAAGAGGAUAAGGAUAAAUAGCUUGCUGCCAGUUUGCCAUAUGGUCCCCCGCCGAUUAUAUUGUGUCAGGAAAAUUUUUACCCCACCCCCUUCCCAUGGACCCAAACAUUCACACACAUGUACAUACAAACACACUCACAUAACUGUUGUGUCAACACUGUGGAGCCUGAAGGUGGGUAGAUAUCAGGUUCUCUAUUUAUUCAAUGUAUUUAAGACAACAUUUUAGACUUAAAUAGAAAAAAGCACGCUCUUUUUCCUCUACACAGUGUGUCUCUUUCUAAGAAUAGGGAGAAAUGUCACGAUGAAACAGCUAUUUUCAGACAGGAAGUUGUUAUUAUGGCCCCAUCCAGGGUAUAGCUUCUAGCUGCAAGGUAACAUUUGGCCUCUUCUGUAAUCUCCUGCAACUCGGUUUAUAUUCUCAGUUGUAAAUGUGAGCCCCAUGGAGGAAUAAAAAUGAGUCUCCCUCUCCAUCAGCACACAUGCAUACAGUCACAUGUAAAUGCAACACACACUCACACAGCCACUCUCUCCAUUAUUCUCUCACCCUCUCUCGCUCUCUCUUCCCUCAAAUUGAAAUAAUUCAAUUUAUGGACACAGCUCCAGACCUCCCUGGCUAAGACCAUUAUGCAUGGAGCCCCCACCCCUCUCUAUUCUAACAAAAGAACAGGAGAAUUUACCAGCCGGCUCUCCAAACGACAGCCACACAAAGCCAAUUUCAUGCCAGGAAAACACCAGCCGAAGCGCCAUCUUUUGUCAAAACCUGCAUCCCUGAGGAUCAUUGAAUAUGGGUCCAUGCUACUUUACCCUGAUAGGACACAAGAAGCAGCCAUAUGGUCCCACAAUCAGACCUGACUUCAGGAUGCAAAGUUCAAAGUCUCAGGUUUGAAUUUUGACAACAAUGUGUUUGGUGUGAGCUGGAGUAACCUGGGAAACAGGAGGUUGGAGGGAAAGAGUGGUGUCAACUAGGCCAAAGCAUGACCCAGGGCUGACCCAGACCAAACAUGCAGCCCCCUGAGGCCCACCACCCCUUGGUCCUUUUGACAUGGAUACCUGUUUUAGGGAUUCUACUGUCAGAUAAAGACCCCAGCAAGCUUUUCUAAAAGUUUAGAGGGAGGGAGAGAGAGAGAGAGAGGGAAGAGCAAGCUGGAUAACAAAUACCUGUAGGUAAACAAAAGAGCAGCAGGGUGGGCCGGAGGGCAGCACCCUGCGUUUAUUUUGUGUGUUUGCAGAACAGCACAAGGCAUGCCACUUAGCAUACUCACACUCAUGAACACACACAUUUGGAUGAAACCUGAUCGUCCUUUUUUUCUGCCUUAAGCUGGUGAAACUCAAAGAGGUGAGCAGUGAGGGACAGGGGGCUGAGAUUCACACUGCCGAUAACCUUUAGAGUAAAGGCAUGAGUGGCAGUGUUAAAUACACACACACUCACACACACGCACGCACCCAUACACACACACACACACAUACACACACACAUAUACACACACACACUGACACUGUGUAUAGUUAUUGUACACACUGGCUCCCAGCCGUCUUUGUUCCACUGAGAUUCCCUCCAAAGGGGUCAUACUUUUACAGGAAGUCACCCCCACAGAGGGCUGCUUCUAUCAGGAAGUGACUCUGUGGAACUACGUGGCAAGAGCGGCCAGCAUCCAUUGGAGGCAUAUCACCCCCAGACCACAUGGGUUCAUACUCCACAGGAAGUGGGCCCGCUGCAAACCCACUUACUUCCUCUUCCUCCGCCCGUGUCUGUGGAAGCCUUAUCAGGGCUGCAUAUGGGAAGGUUGAUAGGACUACAAAUCCCCCACAUCCCCACCAUACCACAUCCUGCUGCUAUCAAGGACACUUUGACAAGAAGGAGGAAGUGAAGAGGCAGCAUUACUUCAGAGGAAGGGCUUUAAGGUUAAUUUUAUGAAACUAGUGAAAAAAAGUGAAGUUGGGGUGAUAUCGCUGAAAAGCUUAAAUGCUAAAAUGUUAAUUCAACUUCCAAACAGAGAGAAACAGAGUAGGUGGUUUUCCUGAUAAUGACUUGCGCUGUUUUUCUACCCUGAGCCUGUGGGUGCAGGCCAUAUACCACUCCUUCAUAUACAAAAACCUGCUGUUAUACCAAAAAAAAUAACCUCACUAGAAGCUAAUGCGCUAUUAUUAGCCUGUGCAACUGCAGGGUUAGCGUGCCUGCAUUAUCUAACUACAUGCUGCAGUUUGGCUGGUGCUGAUAGGUUAGCAUGAGUGGGAAAAUCCUUGUGUAUUAAAAGAGUUUAUCAGAGGCUGUGUCACUCAGAUAGUAAGCAUGUGGAAAAAUGCUCACACACAGAGGAGGGAGAUGAAGACGCCAGCACUGAGAAAUAAACAGGGAAACUGGAGUUAGCUUAAUGGAACUACACCCCAAACAUGAAGGCAUGAUUACAGACACAAGAGGCUGGUUGUUGGGACUGAAAUGAUACAUUUCCAUUUAAUGUUAGUUCAUUAAACUUGUGGAUUUGGUAGGAUAGUUGAAAUUAAAAUAGGUACGACUGAGAGGUGUAAUUUCACAAAGUUUGGCUCAAUGGAAAAGAUGAGAUCACUUGAAGGAUGUAUUUUGAGUUAAUUCACAGCUUAAGAUGAUGGUGAAAAAACAGAAUGUCUUUGUGUUCAAAAAGUUGUUUAUAGAUUGAGCUUUAUAGUUGAUUCAAAAGCCUCUAGUUUGCUCUUGUUAAAUAUAUGAAUUUUCUCUGAAUGCUAGCUGUAAGUAUGUGUAGUUAGUCCUCAACAAAGUUUAAAGAGGAUGUUUUUCCUUUGGUUUACCUAAAGGUCCCCUCUCUUUGAAUUGAAGGACUUUUAAAUACCCUUCAGCACAUCAGCUGACUUUUGGAAAGGACCGCCGUGCCAUUGUGCUGUUAAGUGCUCUUAGCUUUUGUUAAAGUCCUUGUCCUUGUUCCCAUCCCUCCCCCUUCUUCCUCCACUGUCCAUUCCACUUUCUCUGUGUGUGUGUCUUUCGUUGUGCAGAGUCAGACUAAAGCUCUGUAGAUUUUGAAGGUGUCACAAUCCACCUGAAAGGCAGUGGAACAAUUAAGAGAGUGCAAGCUAAGAGUGAGAGAGCAGCUAAAGAGGCGCAAUUUUCAGGAAUCAUGCCGUUUUGUGCAUCUUUAUUUGUGUGUGAGAGGACUUCCCUUGACUGAGGCGAGGAAUCUGUGGGCCCCCCUUACAAGUGCUCCCAUUUGAACCCAGUCUGGCCCUCUAUCUUCAGGUUAGAAGAAAAAAGGAAACAGCAACACAAAGGCAAGAGGGGAAAAAUCAAUAGUUACACAGCAAAAGUGCUCAACAUGAAAGGGUGAAUUCAUCGCCCUACACUUUCAUUUUAGCUUGUACUGUCGGCCUCUUUCUCACUCCUUCUUCCUCUCUCGACUGAUCUGGAAGUGGGAAUAAAAGGUGGUCACUGUGUGUGUGUAUAUAUGUGUGUGUGUGAGCGAGGAGGCAUACUGCAGUUUAAUGUCGUGUCGGUGCCCUGAGCUUGAGGCAGUUUUCGGCGUGUCAGGCAGCCUGUGGUGAUGACCCUUUGCGGGAAAAUGGCACAGAGAGAGCAGUCACAUUUACACUGACAUUUUUGCCAUCACCUAUGGCUAUGUCAACAGGCCUGAUCCCCCAACCCCCUUUUUCUCACACAGACAAGAGUGGAUGAGCCUCAGACAUAACACAUAGAAGCACAGGACCCCUUUCAGAGAGACAAUGACCAUUAUCACAAGCCUGACAUUCAAUAAUUUUCACAGUAAUAGUUAUUUUGCCUUAAAAGUGUCAUAAAUAAAACCGCGGGAUUUGAGAUAAAAUCAUGAAUUGCUUCUUAACUAUUUAAAGAUAAACUUCAUUUACUUCACAACCACAGAGAACUGAAAAAUGCAGCACAUUUUCAGAAGCUUUUGUAGGACUGAAAGUAAGAUUAAAUGAUUUUGCAUUUUAAAAAUACAUCAGAGAUGUAUGUACUGUAGGUCUGGAUCUGUCUAACUCUGGUAUGUUCAUCAUAAGAAAAAAACACAUGAACUUGCAUUCCCUUUUGAGUACAAUCACUUCAUUAAAAGAGCCAUAAUUCAUAUCGACCUUUGUCUUUGACAAACGCUAUAAAGCACCUCAUCAAUGUGAUGAGUGGCCUGUUUUUUUCUUCUUCUUUUGUUGUUGGUUUAACACAUUCUGUGUCUCCGGCUUCCUGCUCGCCCUCCUUCUCGUCAGAACACCACAAAUGAAAUAAUAGCUCUUAACUUUGCACGGAUUUGCGCAACAACAAGUCUCCAGUGUGCUUUAAUUACAAAUAAGCCUUGUAAAUGACUCACCAGUUAACUGCCAUUACUGAAUCUGUCAGCGCUGAUCCACAAAACUGUCAUCAUUCAAAGUACCUGCCUUUGUUAUUGCAGUGAGCUCGUUAUUUACUGUAAUUACUUGAAUGCAAUUGUCUUUGAUUACAGGAAGUAAUUACUUAGCUCUCUCCUGACUGGCAAGCCUUUUUUUCUUGGUAAUAAUGACAACUUUCUGUAAUCCUUUGGUUCAUUAUUUUGUACUUAGUGAAUGUACGUUCUUUAGAGUUUAGUGUUUGCGUCUGAAGUGAGAAGUUCCUAAUGCGUUGGCUGAAGUUGAAAAUAGUGGAGUGUCUCUCUAGCACGGGCAGGAAGAGAGGUCUAGACUAGUCAUAUUGUCUUGUCCACAGCGCAUGUCAUUAUGUGCAGAAUAGUGGAGGGGAUUUCUCUCCAUCUGAAUAAAAGGGAGGCGAAACAGCAUUGGUCACAGAGAGUGUUUUGUCUUGGAGUUUGUGUGUGUGAGUGUGUGUGUUGGUUUAGGAUACUUUGCUUGUCAUUAUUGGAAAGUUGCCUCAUGGAAGAUCUUCAGAAACAGCAGCAUGAGAGUGUGUUUAAGCGUCUCAGUUAAGAGGGAGAUGCUUUCAGAAAUGUGCCCCUGGUUUUGGAGUUGUGUUGCAAGGAAUUCCUGCAUGUUCAGAAUAUUUGGAGAUGGGAGGGGCCUCAAGAGCCAAGCAAAGGGAACCCCCUACUGCCUGUGAACCCCCCCUGGACUCCCCCCUUCUCCAGCCUAGAGCUUAUGAAUGGCCUGAAUACAAUAAACGCCACUUUUUUCUUUACUCCCUCCCUCUUGUGAGCCCUUCUUUACCUCUCUGAGGAUUUCUGGGAAUGCAAUGUAUGUGUGUGUGUAUGAGUGGUGGUGUGUGUGUUUGAGCAUCAGAGAAAAAAUAGUGAGAAGGAGAGCACUUUAGUAAAUGUGUGUGUAUGGUUUACGCAUCUUGCUUUAAGUGCAGAAGUGUGUGUGUGUGCGUGUUUGUGUGUGUAUGAGUAUCUCGCCUGCCAGUUUGAGAUGUGUGUAUUCCAUGUGGAACAGGAUAGCAGCUCCCUCAGGUCUGGGCCUUGCCUGGUGCAACCAACCCAGGGUCAUGUGAGCUUUCUGGGGUGUGAAACUCUAGGAGUGGCCCAUGAGAGAUCAGCUCCAGGUCACUCACACUCACAGGGGAGGAAAGUCUCUCUUUCUUCCUCUUGCAUCAAACAGCCUGUGGAAUAAAUGCACUGUCAUAAACUCACACAAAGACCUCUCCCCAUUCCUUCUCCCUCUUCGACCAUUCCCUGCCUGCAAAAACAUCUCACAGUAUCCUCCAAAAACGUUUAGCCAUCUGUGAGUGAUUCCUGCCAUGGGAUCCCGCUCAUGACAUCUGGCUCAAAGCUAAUAUUCAUAACCCUUUAUUCCUCCACUCAGCAGAGCCUUUAUGGGUGAAAAAAUAUAUAUUAGAAAGCUAAAUGUCAUUAUUCUUUUACGUUGUGCCAGAAGUCACUGACAAGAUCAUUCUUCACAGAUGACUGAGCGGCAUAUUCAUGGCUGUUAAUUUACCAGGCAGCAGAAAAAUGGCUGACACCUCAGAAUGGCACGUAUGCCCGCGCAGAGGGGGCAGGUAGUACCAAUCUGUGUCUUACACUGAGAUAUGGUUCAUAAUCAGAUCAUAACAGAUUAGCCUAGAUACUGCUUGAUAAUGUCAGGGUAUGCCUUGAGAUAGAGAGACGUAGAUGACUGAUAAAGACACAUAGAGACAGAAGAGAGGGAACAUCAGUAAUAGCCACUAGUUGAAGACAUGAACUGAAAGUAUCAAAACUGAGGAAAUUCAACAAUUCGAACCUAACAAGCAGAAAAGGUUCAACCGUGUAGAAAUGGUGCAGUUUAAUUACCUGCUGUUUGUUUGGUGCGAAAAGAAAGACAACUUCAAUCCUGCAGUGUAGAGAGUCAACAAUUCAGAAUCUCCUCCACACAACCACACUCCAGCAGACAGAGGGAGAAGAGUCAAAUAAUGAAGUGGGAGACAGGGAGAUAGGAAUGAAACAUGAAGCGGUAGAGAGACCCAGAUAAAAGCCAACCAAGCUGAAUGAACACAGAAGCAAGAGUCUGUUUAGCUAAUGCUAACGAAGCUAGUGAAAAUGCAUGAAGGAAGCUAACCUAGUUUUUACGUCAUUAUCUGUUUGCUCGCUGUUUGCUCGCAAUUUGUGUGUGUGUGUGUGUGUGUGUGUGUGUGUGUGUGUGUGUGUGUGUAUGUGUGUGUGAGGGAGAACCAGAGUGAGUGUGUAUUUGUGAGCGUGUGAGGGGGACUGAUAAAAUAUUCCUUCCCUUGGUUGGCCCCGGGGCAUUUCAACUGCCCCUGGCUCCUUCCAGUCACUGGCCUGCUCCCUAAUUGCCACAUACACACACUUAUACACACACUCUCUCUCUCUCUCUCUCUCACACACACACACACACACACACACACACACACACACACACACACACACGACACGAGCCUCUGUGGCUAGAAACACACAUGCAUAAAGAAAAAACUGAGAUAGGCACACACAUACAGACCAAUGCACAUCCAUGCAUGCAUGCAUUCAUUCUUCACACAGGGACAUGCACCCCCUUCGUCUUGCAUUGAUCCUCCUUCCUCACCACCUCCCCGCCCCCUCCCCUUACUUCUUGCAAAGAUGUUGUCAUGGCUGAUCAGUGGGCCAGGCUCGGAGUUGUGCCUGUGGCUUUUUUCUUGUGGGGAGACUGGUGCUUGCUAGCCUAGCCUAGCCUAGCUGAUGCUCUUAAUGAGCCUGGGUGUCUGUGUUUGGAGAGUGACUGACUGGUUCAUUGGCUGACUGGCUCUCUAGCGUCCUGGCUAGCUUUCUGACUGACUGGGUGAUUGGUUUAAGGUUGACUUACUUAUUGGCUGACUGAUUUGGUGGCUUUGUUGACUGGCUGGCUGGCCAAGUGGGCCUCCGGAUGGUUUAGUAGUUGAACCACUGGAUCACUGAAUGGUCAACUUUCUAUCUGACUGGCAAAAGGCCUUAAGGCUGAAGGACAAAUCUACACCAGAGCCCGUGUUCACAAACAGCUUUUUUUGUUUAUUUCUCACUAGCAGCACUCACAGAGUCACUUUCAGGGAGGCACUAACUGUUGCUAGGGUAAAUAAGUAACUUUGUCUCCUGUCCUGUGCUUUCUUUAGACACAACCUGUCCCUCUUUUACCCACCACUUUCAUUAUGUUUUGUUUUGUGUCUUAACUUGCUUCACCUUAUGUCUCUCUCGCAAGCUGUGGUAACACCACUGACAUUUCCCCAAACAUGGCUGCCAGACACAGCUUCAACACCUCCCUGCUUCACCUUUCCAUACUCCCGCAGUCUCCCUUUCCUACCCUCCCACCUCCCACUCUCCUCCGUCUUGCCGGGGCUGAGGCAAAGCAGAAAUUAGCCCCAGACCUUGCAGGGGUGAUUGGUAUCAAAUUGCAGUGAAAAUGGAAAUGCCAAUAAAAUUGACGGCCUUUCUCCAGCUUCACUCCUUCCUUUUACCCCUCCAGGUAAAGUCAGUGUCUGUAGGUCAAACUUACGGGGAGUAUCUGAAAGGGAGAGGAAAUAAAGGAUUAUUUAGGUGGGUUGGGUUUCCCCUUUUUUGGCUUGGCUGUUGGCCCAAAAUGAUCAAACUUUCCAAAUUCUGCAAAAUGCAGAUCAUGUCCCUCCCUCUAAUUGGUCAUUUUGUGUAGAUGUUUGGAGAAGAUCUAAUCCAUGUCUGACAUGAACAUAAGCAGUAAGACACAUAUGAGUUGUAAUGAUGGUGAUGUAAAGCAGCCUGAUUCUCUUACAUUAUGCAUCAUUUUGGGAUGAAUUGAAUUAUUGAUUGUCUAGAGGUCUUUGGAGUUGUUAUUUAUUCUGUAGGGUCACAAAUGAGACUCUAAGAAAUUGUCUUUACUGUUUAUGUAUCAUUUCAUUCUUCUACUACCAGGAAGUGAUAUUGUUCUGUAGAUAUGGAGGAUACAUUAUUCAAGUUAAAAACAAAACAACUGUUAACAACUUUAAACAUACUUGUAUUCUUUUUCUACCAGGUCUGCUAAAUACAACACACCUGUAAAGAUAAGGGAGAGCUAGCUUUGGAGUAUCAUUACCGCACUCAGUCUCAUGCAAUUCUUCCCUCCACAGUUUUAUUACUUAUUUUGUGCUUUCCUGCUCUCCUUAGACUUUCCCUUACUUGUUUCCUUUUCUCUCUCUUUCCCCCUCUCUCCAUGCUUCUCACGAUUUCUCACCUCUUCCUGAGCUUGCCUGCUCACCCGCACUGUCUCUCUCUUACUCGCUCACUGCCGAUCUCACUCACUCAUGAUCCGAGUGGGUACUCCGGCCGUUCGCUUCUGUUUUCCUAACUCGCAUGGGACGAGCCCCUAGGUUUGUUAUUGUAGGCUUUGCUGAACAUGAGCCGGUCUUUACGACGGAUUGAAAGCAUUUGCUUCCAAUGAAAAUCUGGUCUAAGAUUACAGGGCCUCGACUCGGCUCACCCCUUCUUUUUCCAGCAGGCAGAGGGAUGUUGAGAGGAAGGAGAGAGGGAGAGAGAGAGAGAGAGGGGUGGGUGGAUUUUAGCCCUGAAACAGUAGGCUGAAAAAACUGACUUGUUAAGCCCAGGCUGCAUUUGUCCCCAGCUAAUGAUGUAACUGAAGCCUGCAAUGUGAGCAUGUUUUUCAGACAGGAAGAGGUCUAGGAGCUGGGUGUAAGGGGAGGAUUAUUUGAGUAUGUGGGGCUGGUUUGAAUGAACACUGAACUAAGAUGGUUUGCCAAUCAACCUAAAAAUUGUUUUUAAGUGAUAAACCACAUUUUUUUAGUUGUAUAAGAAGUUUACGGACAAAAAGUCUCUCGGUUUUAAAUAUAUAUUUUGCAUCUAGUUUUAGAAAUAGUUUUUUGAUCUUUCAUAUUCUUGUAAAAUUAAUAUAUUUUAAUACUGGCACACUCCCCAACAUAUGUCCAACAUUUUAAAGUGACAAAUAUUUGAAAAACUUUAUCAGAAAAAAACUCAACUGAUCAACAUUAGGAUUAUUUCUUGAAUGUAAAACACUGAGAACGUGCGCAAAAACACACACAACUCAAGAAGUUGCUAGUCACCCUCUCUACACCGUAAGAAGUAAGUGACUCUCUCAGAGGCACUUGAGCCUGUCAUCUCCAAAUUUGACCCUUUCUUGAUGUUAUGGUAGCCCUACCCUGCCACCUGCUUUACAUGCAUUUGUGCAUUAUUAAUGUGCAAUGGGUGGUGUUUGCAUCAGUAUUGAACCCCUCUCAGAAAGGCAAGCUCUUGUUUUAUUCCUCCCCCACCCUCCAUAGCAUCACCUCGUUUCCACGCGAGCUUCAUUAGAGAGCCUUCAAUAUGUGUGCAUAUGUAUCUCCUUCUGCCAGAACAGUUGGAGAGAGAGUGAGAGUGAGAGAGAGUGAGUGAGAGAGCGAGUGAGAGUGAGAGCAAGCCAAGAGUGUUGUUUCGUAUGGAUCGCUGAGAGUCUCUCUCUCCUAAUGGUGUAUAUAAUUCAGGUGCCCUCCAGGCAUGCUUUCAGGAAUUCUUUUGCCUGAGGUAAUGGGGAGCAAAGGCCUGGGUUUUAGGCCCUUGAUUAUUCCAUUGAUGUGGCAGGCUGGAAAAAAGUCAUCUCCAACCGGAUUAGCGCCAACAUCCCCAUUAAUUAUCGAUGAAUCGGGAGCUUAGGGUUUAGCUAGGUGCUGGGUGUCGCCCUCUGCAAGUUAGCGGAGUACAGGCCCGCUCAGGAUGCAGUUAUCUCCUCUUGCCACAGUGAAUAGACCGAGAAGCUUUAGAAGUGCUUUGUGUGUAAUCAAUAAAUAACUGGAUCCAAUUCUGAGCACUGCUUCAGCGUCUCUUAUUUUUUCUUCCUCUUCACUUCGAGUGGAUAGAGAGAGGGAGUGUGGGACAAAAGUCACUUAUCUGCUGCUGAAAUUUCCAGCAGCGAGGGUGCCACUUGUUUACCUCGCCUCAUGUUUCUUUUAUGAUUAUCGGCUUCAAUGAGGGGGGCUCACAUUUUUGAAUAAUGAUAACAAUUAGGCUUUUCACAGACACCGAUGGGAAGAGCCUCUUUCUCUGCACUAGAGCUGUAUAGAAAGCAUACAGUAAUUGGGUAGUUAUGAAUAUGUGUGUGUGAGAGAGAGUGUGUGUGUGUGUAUGUGUGUGUGUUGAGUCUGAAUGCGGAGUAAAGGCCCACAGAGCGCCUCUCUUUCACUUUUCCUCUCAGUGUUCAAAUACUCUAAGCUGUCUCCCCUUAGGUGAGGUUAACUGGCCUUAAUGGAGCCUUAUCGAAGCCCUACAGGUUGCUGUAAGCAGCCAUGACACCAUUGUUAUGAAAAGCAGCUAGCUUUGUUAGUGCUGUUUGUGCCUCUGACUCUCUUUUUUCCACCUAUUUUUCUUUUAUUUUCCCGCUUCCCCCUCUUCGCAACCUCCCCUUUUGUAGUGCCGUGUUACUCUUUCCACCUCAGGUAAAAUGGCAGAAUGCGCCGGGGCGAUGCUUCAAUAACUAUUUUCCCCUCAGGAUAAUAAAGACUAAAUCUCUCUGUCAUUUUCAAUUCUGCGCAGGCUUGGAUGGUAGAGUGGGGAAAUGCGACCUUACAAGUCCUUUGUGCUACCCUUUUCCCUCUCUUUCUCGUGGAAAGAUGCGAGCGCUCGCUGUGUUUUCAAGUGAUGGGGGAGAAAAUGAAAGGCAGGGUUAUUUAUAAAUGUAUUAAAAAUGAAUGCAUUUAUGAGGUGCUGUUUUCCAGCCAUUCUCCGCUUGCCAUUGUUGUGUCUCUAUACCCCUCCGUUUGUGCAUACAAAGCCCUCCAGAAUUCCUCCGAAAUCGUAUUUAUUCUUUUUGAACGCAGAGGCGCAACGAAUGCUGGAAGUAAACAAACUGUGUGUCUGAUCUGCGCUGUCUCUUCCUGUUUGUUGUCAUGUGGCAGGUGAUGGCCUGGACAACAGUGUAGCCUCACCAAGCACAGGGGACGAUGAUGACCCGGAUAAAGAAAAGAGACGCAACAAGAAGAGAGGAAUCUUCCCUAAGGUGGCCACCAAUAUCAUGAGAGCGUGGCUUUUCCAGCACCUAACAGUGAGUGAUGUAGCACUGGUUUCAUUUCACACCUGCACACUGAACUUCUCUUCUCUUUGCAGCCACAAGCUUUCCUAUUCUUCUGCACACAUGUAGACACGUAUUUCCUAUUAUUUUAACCCUUGUUUGCCACAAAGACACUAACACACAAAUGUAUACACUGCGCACAAAGCCCCUGACAUUAAAACACUCAUUGACACUCGCACACAAGCAUCCCAAGAAACCCUGCAUACUCCUGGUUGUAUCCCAGUUUGUAGGGCGAACACUUCAAAGAGAGAGGCCGGUGUAAUCUGCCGGCGAUCUCUGCUGCCUGCGCUCCAGCUCCUCAACGGCUGAAACUAAAUAGGGUUGAAACUGAGGAGAGACGCCCCCCAGCCAAAGAUGAACCUUAUUAAGAACAAAUCUGUCAUUAUUUAACGUACGAGCCUAAGAUGCUGCAGAAGCUUGUGGUUUGGCACCAUUUUUUCAGAAUUAUAGGGAUAGAUACCGAUGCCCUGACUGCAGCUGACAGCAUCAGGCAUGGUUGGAGGGGGGAAUAGUGUGUGAAGAGUACAGCGGAGUGUGGAAACAAUGUAUUUAGACUGCAAUAUACUAAACAGUCAAUGGUGAUUAAGAGAAUAUAAUUUUGACAGUUUCUUCAAAUUGAAAAACAAUAAAUUCAGCAUUACACCAGUAUCUCUUCACAAGGAAAGAAAGCAGCCACACAGAAAUGCACUCAUUGUAAGCAUAUUGAUAUCAUACUAACUUUUCUGGAGUUGUUUGUGUAUUGUCAAUUAUGCCAAAAAAAAAAAAAAGAAUAAAUAAUCCGAAAGCUAAACCAAAAUCUCUGUUCAUUAGUGAACGAAGGCUCUAAAAAGUUUACAUUUAUGAGGAGGUAUUUAAAGUGAAACAUUUCAUCUCAUGAGGCGUUCACACCAAGCUCGAGUAAAAUCAUCUCCUCGCUAAAUUCGUGCAAAUCUAGACACACGAAUGAAUAGUAUUUACUUACUUCAUUCGUGUGUCACAUCCAAAUAAUUUCAUCAUUCCUUGGAUACGAGAGAUCCAAGCAUGGUAGAAAUGAACACUGUCGUGAAGGUUGCUACUAUUUAUUUGUUGUGGAAAACCCACAAUCGUCAGAGAUGUUGGUGCUGCCAUGGCGAGCUCCUUUUUAUACUGGUUUCGGUAACUGAAAGAAAUGGUAUCAUAUAUUUUGGGGCACCGACACACUGACAUGAUCAGUUUGUCCUCCAUUUUAAAUACCAGUGAACAACCGUCUGUUUUCAUACGUCACUUGGCAACCUCCAUGCUGGUUGGUUAUUGCAACGCGGAUAUCUGCUUAAGUUGAGACAUUUUCAGCUCCCGCCCAAUUUGCGUCAUUCGCGCCACCAGAGUAGUACGAGUGUCUUAUCGCGUCUUUGCAUUGACUUAACAUACAAUUCAUUUAUGCAAAUUACUUUACUUGCACUUGGUGUGUGGAGACAGAAACAACUGCACAAAUAAAAAAAGCGCAUCAGUGGAGAGAAACUUGAAGGUGUUUGUGUUGUGGCUACUCUAUGUCAGAUUUCUCAUCUACUUUGGAUAUUUUGCCAUUUUUUUUCAAAUUGAUUUUGCCUCGCCUCAAACAUCUCCUGUCUGUAUAUCAGGAGUUUCUGCUGAACAAGAUACAGUCUUGUUGAGUCUGUUAUUGGAUUAUAAAGACUGCAUCUUCUUUCUAUUCCAUUAUUUAGAUUUCAUGAUAUUUUUGGUUUAAUUUUAUGUAUCCUUCAAUGUUUUCAACUGAGUUUCUGCCAAAUCUUGGCUUCCUCCAUUGUUACAGCAUGGGUUAUCAGUAGAAAUAUAGUGUAUAUAUUAGAGUAAAGAAUACACACACAUAAACACACAUCCCACAAUGCAUCUUACAAGUUGUAUACCUUUGUUUUAUUUUCUGCUCUACCUUUUCCAUCUGACCCUCAACACCUCCUACAGAAAUCACCAGGCCCUCCAUCAACUCACACACACAUACAAAACACAAACAUACGCACACAUCAUCAUCAUCAUCACCAUCAUCACACAUACAAACUCACCUCCUCUCUAACUCCCUGACCUCAACCCAUACACCUCCCUGAAACCUUCAGGGCUACAGAGGAAAGGUGUUUGAAACAUACACACAUUUGUGGAAAUACAGAUGAGCACACACGCACGUAUUCAACCAAUGCACACACACACACACACACACACACACACACACACACACACACACACACACACACACACACACACACACACACACACACACACACACACACACACACACUUAUAGGGGAUGCUGCUGGGAUAGAUCUUAAACAGAGCGAUGGAUUUGUGUGAGUUUUAAGGGAGCGAGGGGAAAGAGAAGAAGAAGAGGAGAAGGAGAGAGGGUUGUGGAGGAUCCUUAAACUUUAUCUUUCUCCCAGGUGUGAGAGAACUGGGAUCCACAACAGACACACAUAUGGGCACACAAUGGCAUGUUGCUUCAUAACUAACUGCAUAAAAAAAUGGAUGAAAAAUGACUUCCAGUGUUUAUCCUUUUCAGUGAAGCCAAACUGAAAUGAGACACAGGAGGAAGAUCCUGACUGUUGGGGAAAUGUGGUCUUAAUCCUAAAAACUGCUGAAAUUAGCAAAACCAGAUCAAUGCUUUGGGUGGUCUCAUUUGUUUACACCAAACGUUGUCUAACAGUGUCACCGUUUAUUCAGUCACCAUGUGCUUGUGUUUAUAAAUGCUACAUGUACCACUUUCAUUGGAGAAAUAUUUGCAGUAUCCCUUUCACUGGCACUAAGUCUUUUCUAAACAUGGACAGCUGAUCCAGGAACAGCAACAACAGCAUCAUCAUCAGCUGGCCUGUCUUUGUUUCACAGAGGAUGUGAGUCUGGCUUCUCAGAGAUAGACACAAUGCCAAUUAGACACACGUAUUCACACACAUAAUGAUGAAAGAGGACUGUGGGGGUGACACAUUCCUGUAUAGGAUAAAAUGUUAUUUCUCAAGUAUGAUAAACAUGCAGGAAUUUUGGAGACAAUGGGACGCAGCACUGCAGCACAGCAAACAGAAUAGGAUAGAAGUCUGCAUACCCACCUUUGUGUAUUUCCUGUUUUUUUUCGCCCUCACACUUGCUCCCUCCCGGGGGAGUUCCUGUUGUGCCGGAGCAGAGGGGGAAAGUGGGUGGCAAACUCAGGCUGCACCAGUAGCAACUCAGCAGGGUAGGUAGUAGGUGGAGUACUUAUGGCUGUCUUUUUUUAAGGGGUUGUUUUUGAAGCUAUUCCCUUAUCUGUUUUCAUGUAUCCAUCAAGGAUGCUAAAAUCAAGUAUCUUAUUGCAGAACAAAAAGGGAAAGGUUUUAAAGUUCAACUCCAAUCAUUUUUUAUCCACUUAAAGUGUUAUCAGUGGUCUUUAAAUUGUGUUUAUGAAGUUUUUUAGCUAAAGUCACAUUAGCUGUGUGAUCUUCAAGGGCUUUUCUUCUGCAGAGCUCCAGUAGAUCAUUAGCAAUUCACCUCUAAGUCGUGGGCAGAGACAGCGCUGCUCUGCACACUCCUCUUCAUGCUAGCUUGCAGCCUAACAUUGCCGGUGUAGGAGAAGUAGCAGGUAACAUAGGAACUAUUCAGCUCUCAGACACUAAUGUCUUUGGGGACAUGAUAAAAGUUAAUAUCAUAAUUUCAAGUUAAGUCAAGUUAAUAUCAUAAUUAGCUUUCUUACGAAUAUUGCGAUCCGCUAACACACAGGCUUGUUCCGCGAUUGUCCUAUCUACUUUUAGGAGUCUGGCCUGCAUAGUUGGGCUCCCUUUGAUUUAUUACGUUAGAAAUCUCACUGUGUCUGAACCUGCUGUUUGGGUCUGCCAGAGAUUUACAGCGAUUUGAAUGCAGAAAUACUCAAAAAUGCAAUUUUGCACUUAUUUUUCUCGUGAUAUGUCCUGUAGCAUCAGAAAAAUGCCACAUGAACAUGUAGACAACAAGAAAAACAUGAUUUUUAUUGGAGUGGGUCUUUAAGUAAAAGGUGUCCCGCUUGCUCUCAGCAUGGACACGGAUUGUUAAAAAAGUCGUAGUUCUUCUGUAAUCGUUAUCCCCAUCAAAUCAGAGAGAGAACUGUAGUAAAACAUGCUCCUCUCUGUGAUAUACAGUACCUAGAGUGACAGAUCGAGCAGUGGUUUUGAAUUUUUGAUGAUGACGACAGUCGCAGCUUGCUGACUUUUCUCCAACACACCCUAUGAGCUCAUAUGUUGUGAGCAAGGCUUGUGGGACAAGUUCAUCGGAAGAAAUUUGGCUGCCCUGACUUGGAGUGACUACAAAACAUUAGCUUUUACCGCCUGUCACUAAAGGCUGACCCACACAGCUCACUGCCAGCUUGACAUGCAGCUGUGAACUUGGUAGAGCACCAAAAUAAAGGAGAGCGGGGAGUGCUUUUCCACUCGUGUCCUCAUCUCAAUUUUUAUGUUUGCCUUCUCAUUGACAUUCUUAAUUAAACAGCUGGUGUGACUACCAGCAGUAAUUUGACUGAAAGUGACUUUUGAUGAGAGAUAAGCAAAUAUGCUUUUGUCCAAUUGACACAAACACUUUUAAGCCUGUUUAUAUCAGUGAGGAUAUGAUUGAGUUGAUUGAUCUUGUUCCAGAGGUUGUUUCAGGAUUUCAUUUAGACUCAAGGUCUAGAUAAAGUAUGACAACACCAUACAAAGGAAUGAAUUAUUCAGUUAUUAAUUUACUAAACAAAUAUAUGACUGUAAAUAAGUCAAAAUAAUGUUUUAUUAUUUCACUGAUGUAAAACUAAUUAUUUAUGUAUUGCAUAAAUGGCUCACCUAGCUUGCUGCUAUGUAAAGAUAAAAGCCUCUGAGAUAAAGAAAUAGCUGUUACCCAUCAGUGUUCCCUUCAACCUUCCUAGUUUGCAGUUAGACUCCACUUACCCCCCACCUCUGAGCCCCUCCCUCCUCACAAAUGGUAUUUUCUUGUUUAAUUUAACAAGAAAUGAGUAGUAAAUGAACGCUCAGGCCUCAAAUCCCCAACGCACCCUGUGCUCUGCUCUCCACUCCCCUAUGAAAAGGCAAUUUGUGAAAUUAUGUGAUAGAGUAAUUAGAUGGAAUUCACCCCCACCUCCCAGCUACACACACCACCACCCGUAUCCCCAGUUAGAUUGUUGCUUCACUAAACUGAAGUAGGUGUGUGUGUGUGUGUGUGUGUGUGUGUGUGUGUGUGUGUGUGUGUGUGUGUGUGUGUGUGUGUGUGUGUGUGUGGAAAGAAAGAACAAGAGGGGGUUGGCAUUCAGAGUGUUAGCAUCAGUAUAUUAGCCUGGCAGACUGGGACACACACACACACAAACUCACACACUCUCUCAUACACAUUAUCACUAACACUCUCAUUCUGGCUCUCCUCCCCUCCUAUUUGUACACAGACUUGGUGUAACGAGGGGCAGCCGUGAUCGCAGCUCAUAAAAGAAGCCAACCCGCAAAGCCUCAAUGAGCUGCUUUUUUCUUCCCCCUCCUCCUUUCUCCACUUAAAAUGUGUAAAAUGCACAGAGAGAGAGAGAGAGAGAGAGAGAGAGAGCGAGAGAGAGAGAGAGAGAGAGAGAGUAUAAAAAAUCCAACUGGAAGGCAUAAUCCCCCGUUAAUACAAUUAGAGGCUAAUUUAACCGCUCGUGUACGCAGAUGUAGCCGAGCUAGGGGAGCACAGUUACCCCCCUUGGAAAUGUUUUUCUUUUCUUUUUUUCUACGCAGCAGUGUGCAGCAGGGUUUUGAACAGAAACAGGUGUGAAAAGCAAUAUAAUUCAUUUCUACACUGGCAAAGGAGGCCAGGAGCCAAGCUGUUGUUGGGUGGUGGAAGAAUCCAGGGUUGCAGGGGAGUAAAAGGAGGUGAUGGAUGGAUGGAUGUAUGGAUGUAUGGAGAAAUGGAUGGGUGCUCUAAUCAUUGACAGCAAGAUCAUUUUAAAGUGGCUUAAUAUCUUCCAUAGAGAGGGCAGUGUCUUGAAGGUCCAGGUUCAAUUUUUCUUUUCUUUUCUAGCAACUAUGUGGUGUUUCUAACCACAUCGGUUUGAAGGGUUUAUUCCUAAGAAAUUAUUUAAAUUCUGUUGUGAUUUCUUUGGUUUGAUGGUUUAAAAAAUGGAUUAACUUCUGUGUUGUUCAUCUGUAAAAUGAUAUGAAUCUGUGGUGUGAAUUGAAGAGUUGUAAGUCCCCAAACUUCUUAGCCAGAGGCAAAGCAGAUAUGUAAAGCUUCAUCCAAACAACAGAAGGUAGAGGUACAAACUUUUGAGUUUGUCAGAAUUCAACGUUGCCUUGGAUGCCAUUAGUCUUCGGCUGUUUAUUUCUGGAGCCUGUACAUGUCAACACCCAGCUCACCUGUGGCAAAACUGCUCCAGCAACCCAGGUGUGGGAGAGCGCUAUCCUACUGGUCCAACGUUGUUUGAGGAACAGCUGCUUUUAUUUCUAAUCUCAAAUUUAGUCUUUGGCAUUUAUGUGAAGUAGAAAGACAUAAGAAAGAAGAGGGCUUGACAGAUAUGUUUUUAUCACCAAUCAGACAAAAAUGACUUCUAUCAUCUUUCCUCAAGAAACCUCAUAUUUGUGGUGUUUUAAAUGGCUGUUUCUGAACUUUUUGUGUUGGGUAAACCCUGAUAUAAUGUUUGAAAAGAAUCCAGAGAGCAGAAAUGGUCAAAGUUUGCUUUUUGUGAUUGUCAUGUGAUUGCUGUUAGUCUACCAAGCCGUUGUUGUCUGCUCCACAAAAACGAUUUCUCACGAAAAGUCAUUACAAUAGAGCGUGUGAGUCCUAAGGCGCCUCCUAAAUAACUCUGAAGAUACGUCAGGAAGCCAGAUUAAUAUAGAAACUUCUGCAGACUUUUCUAUGGGUUUUUCAUUCAUUUAUCCACAAAUGACAACAAAGGCAUGAUGGCCCUCCUGAUACUGUAAAGCAAUAUAGAGGCCUAUGUGGCCUGGUGUCUCCGAUUAGGUCUUAAUUCAAUCUAAGUGGCAGUCAGAAUCUGAGGCGCCACUGCAUUAGGGAUUUCAAAGAGGUCCUAAGAGAAGACAGACAGACGGACAGAUCUGCCAAAGGCCUGGCGUGACACUAUGAUGAGACAGAGCAGCACAGGAAAACAAGAGAAUGAGUUAUUCAGAUUUUCAGCAGUUUUAUUUGCUGUCAGGAGUUUAUCUCUUGGAAUGGAUUUCACUUUUGGCUUCAUGUUUGUGAACCUUUGUGUGUUUGUGAUUUCUUUUGUGUGUGUUUGUAAGAAAAAUGACUUGCCCAUACCAAUCUUAGGAUCUGGUGGUGUCAAAGAGGAGGCAGCUGAGUCAACCUGCCUACCCCCACAACAUACACACACGUACACACAUGCACACACACACUCAUACUGUGCCCCAACCCCCACAUUACCCCACACCUUGUAAUGAAAACAUCAUCAAUUAUCCCUCUUGACAGACCCCAGGGACCCAAGGCAGACAGCUCUCUUUGGGGGCUUCUCUUUGUGGACUGACCCUCACAGAUACACAGACCUGCCUCCAACACACUCUUUAGACAAAUUUCAAUGGGCGUCCAUGUUGUUUUUUUAAGUGUGUAUUAAAAGCUGAUAGCAAGAUGGCCUAUCUUUUCCAGAGUGGGAAGAUAGUGGUGCAUGGGAGUGGAUGGUAGAUAGGGAGGCCAGGCCAUGUGGUGGAGGUGUUGGGGGCAGGAGGUGUGUCUGCAUGCGUGUGUGUGUGUGUGUGUGUGUGUGUGUGUGUGUGUGUGUGUGUGUGUUCUGGUGGUGGUAGUAGAAGGGGGUGAUGGUAUGACCAGGGCAGUGGGAAGCCAUCAGACCUCACUCCUGAAAGGCCAUCUGUUUCAUGAUUGAUGGAUAGAAUGAUGGAUGGAUGAGGAGAUGGAUGAAGGGGUACAGUGGGUGAAUAGAAAGACUGAUAAAUAGCAGAUGUUGCUACUUUGGAAUAUGUGUUCUAGUUGGCAAAGAUCUAGCUGAAUAGUGACUUUUUUCAAGCUGUGAAAAUGGUUGGUCAUAUAUUGUUGUUGAUUUUUUUGACAGUAUUUUGUUAAAACAAGCAAACUUAGACCUUUUUGCUGUUUAUAAUUAUUUCCCUCAUUUAAUGGCGGUUUCUUUGGCGUUUUUUUCUAUUAUUACAUACUUGAAAUUUUUUUAUGGUAAUUUUUGUAUAAAUUUUGAAAGUUUAUUAAAUUUCACUGUAAGCUCUGUCUCUAUAAAAGUCAUAUUGCUUUAAUUUUAGUCACAUGCUCAUUGGACAUAAUUUCUCUUAACUUCAUUGGCUUUUAUUGCAUUAGGCCAAUCCAGUGUCCAAACACACACUGAAAUGUCAAAAUGAAAUUGCCAUGAAGCAUAAACAACGAAAGAAGAACUUUUAGAAAGAAGAGUUUAGAUACCAGAGAGGGAAAUAGCUUAAGACACUUGGAGGGUGGGUGUUCUGUGCUUGUUUAGAGGUAUUCAUGCUCCUCAUGCUCAAAGAAAACAAAACAUUUAGUUGUUAGUAAGAUAAGAUUUUUCAAGCAGUUCACUAAGUGCAUCACAAUAAAAAUUGUGCACAGUAAUGAGAACAGGUCAGAUAUGUUGGAAGUUUCAACAUGACUCCCAACCUGUUCUGAAGCUUUUUCUCCUUCUCUCCGUCUCGUAUCAUUUCCCCUUCUCUGUUUAAAAGCCCUCAAGGGCAGUUAACUUUUAAUUCAUGUCACCUCUGAACUUUUGCAAAAAUGCCUGCCACAGGUCCAAGCUCAGUCUUGCCUUAGUCGGGAGGUGGGGGGGCAGAGGGGUUUCCUUGAGAACGUGAGAACUUUACAGACCCUCAAGGUCGGUCAGCAGCAUUGAAGGGGAUCACCACUCACAAGAGAUCGUCAAACACACAGAAACACACAGAGACAGAUUCUCAACUUGAGCCUUUCUUCAAAGAUCAACCAUGUUCAAAUGCUCACGCAUCAUGGUGCAGGAAAAUUUAUUCCCAAUCAUUAACUCUAAAUUAAAUUGUCACCAUCAUAAUGACUCUCCCAUCUUUUCGCUUUUCCAUUUGUCUUCCUUUUUUCCUUUCUCCCUCCCUCCAUCACUCAAACAAUUUAAUCCUUGGGAAACUAUGAAACAGUUCAGUGUGUGGUUUCAUUGUUGUAUGUCUGCUUGAUUGAUGGCCACAUGCUGAAGCUGUGUUUCACACUAGUUCCAUUUUUCAUUAUCAGCUGUAUGUCAUAAUUGUGUGUGUGUGUGUGUGUGUGCACAUAUGUGUGUGUGUGUGUGUGUGUGUGUGUGUGUGUGUGUGUGUGUGUGUGUGUGUGUGUGUGUGUGAGAGAGAGAGAGAGAGAUGAGAGAGAGUGAAAGAGAGAGAGAGUCUCCAGGGCGGACAGAGGCCCAAUAACUCGGAUGUGUGAAAUCAUUCUUGGUUUGGUACCCACUAAUCAGUUUACGAUGAUUUGCAAAUCCAAAGAAGGGGCCCACUCGUUGCGCUUAGACACAAACACACACACACACACACACACACACACACACACACACACACACACACACACACACACACACACACACACAUAGAAAGACACAGCAGUGACGUCAUUGCCUGGGUGGGGUGUGGAGUUCCCCACCAUCAUUGUGGUAUUUAUUGGAGAGUGAGUGGCAUAUUGACGUGUGAAAGAGCCAGGGAAAAAUAUUGUCAUAAACUUGUCGUUAGCUUGACAGAUGAGGUUAACUAGCACUAACAGAUUAGCGAUUGUAGCAGUUUAGCCCUUUGGUGUUACGUUCACAAAAGUCUGUUGUCUUUAAAACAUCUAUAAAACUUGAGCAGUAAAAUGGUGACCACCCUUAAAGAAACAGACCCUAACAUUACUGUUUGUGUAGGGUGGUUUUGUGCCGUGAUAGUCUGCCAUUUGUGAAUCAAACUAGCUUAAGCAGUUAGCGGUUGUCCAUUAGGCUGUGUUCUGUGAACCAGAGGAUUGUGGGAUCUUUCCUGGCAGCUCGAUACCUUUCACUUACAACGGCUGCAGCAGCCUGCCCUAGAUACAUUGGCUCUGUAUAUGUGAUUGUGUUAUUGCGUGUAUGCAGUUGUGUUGCUGUUUCUAUGUGUCACCCUCAUGUUUCUUUAGCAAAGGCUGUGCUUGAGUGUGUGUGUGCGUGUCUUUGUGUCUCAUUUCAUGCGUGUGCUCGAUGGAUCCUGUGGCUUUGCAGACGUGGUAAUCAGUUUGCGCGUUGGCUGAACUAAUUUAUCAAUUCAGUUCCUCCCACUUGUAUUCUCUCCCAUGCGUGAAUGCUCUCUCUCUCUCUCUCUCUCUCUGACAAAACUCUUCUUUCUGACAAACCAUAAGGGUUUCCUAUCUUUUAUGCAUGCCUCCUGCCUCUCUGCUGCUCUCCUCUUUUUCUGCUAUGACUCCCUCACACAAAGUUCUCUCUAUAAUGCACACUUGCGUUGCCAUGCGCUUUAAUGGCCUUGAACCAUGAUAUCAUAGCAAUAUUGGUGCUCUGUUUCAAAGGCAUUGGGGAGAGUGCUAUGAUUUAUAUAUGAGAAACCCUGUGAUAUCCACCCAUAACUCAUCGUUUUACACCUCCUUGUCUCAUAAUGUUGUGAUUGAAGUUGCCUUUGUAAAACACUGUUCGACAUGCACUGAAGGCAGGUGGCGUGGAAGGUAUCCUCACAAGUUGAUGAUGUAUUUUCACAAGGCCAGCUGACCCAAAGUGCACCUGUGUUUAGUGUGUUUUUGUGCAUGUGUGUGUUUGUCAGUGUUGUGCAUAUUUGUGUGUUUGUGCUCAGUGGAGCAGGAGAAAUCCUAGCUAGUGAACCAGGUGGUGAAUACAGACAGGCUUAUUGCAUGGUAGAGGAGUUGGAGAGCUACUGGAGGAAAUUUGGUGGGAGAACCAUCGCACAUACGCUCAUCUAUUCUCCUCCUCUCUUCCUUCCCCAAUAAGAUCUCUUUCAGACUUGUUUACAUUCCUCUAACCUCCAUGUUGCUCCCUGUCUUUUUUCUCCCAUUUGCCAUCACACUCCCUCUAUAUGUAUUUCAGAUUUUCCCCACUUUUCUCUUUCCUUCCACUCUCUCUUUGGUGCAUUUUUGUGGCAUUAGCACUGGUGGGGGAAGCGAACAGGGCUGAUGGUGCUGCUCACUUGUUUGUUACGACAGAUUAAGUCAUUGAUUUGUAAAAAGCGGUGCACUGAUGGAGAAGGCCCUCCACUGCUAAGGCCAGGGAGGGAGAGGGAGGAAAAGUAGGGAGGUGGAAGGACGCAUUUUGCAGGGGAGGAAGAGGUGAGGAUAUUAAAAUCGAAGAUGAGAGGUAACGGUAAAGAGGGGAGUGGAGCAGAGGUGGGAGAAAAGAAAGGGGGAGAAAAAGGAGGCAGCAUGAGAUAGUUAAGCAAAAUGCUAAAUAUAGAACAGACGCGAUGGAGGGGGCGGAGACGGGUGAGGAAGACAGGGAGAUAAAGGAGUGAGUAGCAGGAGGGUGGGAGGUGUACUUUGAAUGACAGAGAUGUCAAAAAAGACUGAGGAGGUAGAGUGAGGAAGCUUCAUCUUUCAAAGGCACCGGCUGCGUCCCUCUUCUCUCUUAAACUUGCUGCUCCAAAGAGCAUAAGGGAGCAAUUGUGAAUUACCCUUACCUAGUUUCAGCAUUCCCCUACCCAGGUCCCCCCACCACCACCCAACCCCCGACCCCCUCCUGACGGUGAGUUUCUAAUUAAAACGUCGGGGGCAAAAGGGUAAUUAUGAUAAUAACAUAAUAAUAUCGCUGGGGUUAUUAGAAUGUUAUGUGGUCCCCAAAUUGCUUCCUCAGAGAGAUCAGAUUUCAGUGGCAUUACAUAAAGUCAAAUUUCCUUGAAAGUCAGGUGAAAUGAAAUGGAUUCCCCCAUGGUCCUGGUGUAAUCUGAGAAUCUAAUCCCCUCUUGUAUCUCACAGACACAGAGUCUAAAAAAGAACUUUAGUUUCCCCUCCUCCACAAUGACAUCUCCAACCCCUCCUCCUUGCUGACUUUUAUUUUAAUCGGAGGAGUUUAUGUGGUUUGGAAGUCUAAUCAUUUGUUUAAUUCUUUCAGUUUUGUUUCUCUAAACUCUCUCGUUGCAGCACUUAGUCUCUCUGCAGUCUGUGUAAUGAGCUCUGUGUAUUGUAGCUGUGUGUAACAAGAGAACAUUUGUUUUGAAAUUCGGAGAUCACUGCUAGACUGCUAGCUCCAAGCGCUGUAGCUCCGAGCUAGCGAGCAUGCUGCUGCUCAGAGGGGUGUCCUGCUGUUUUCUCCCAGCUUUCUGUGCUACCUGACUGGGAUGGUGCUUUGUGGAUCCCUCCUACUCCCCCAUUUAAACCCCCUCCAUCCCAGGCAGCCCUGAGGCAGCCCACCUCCAGCUGUGGCUGCCGUUCACUGCGCCGCUUGGUGCGAGUACCGAUUGCUUUGGAGUGCCUCCCCUCGCUCAAAUAGGCAGUAAUUACGGGCUUAAAGAGGUUUAGUGGUCCAGCAAACUACAUAAUCACCCCCUGAAUUAGCCCCAGCUCAUCAGCCUCAGUCCAACGAGCAGCGCUUAACGCUAGCACUAGCUAGCAUGCUGCACCCCCUUUCCUUUAUUGCACAGAGGGAAGCACAGCAGCAGGUGUUGUGCAACAUCCGGCCCCCUUAAUAAAUUUAGCCUCCCCUGAGCUGGAAUGGGGAGGACUAAUGAAGCCCGCCCUCGCUCUCAGUGAAAGCAAGCAGAGUAAAGACUCGACACAUACAGUGCACACAGAGUAAGAUGCUCUUCAGUUUUCACAUACCCUACCCUUUACAUUCACUGCUUAACACAACAGUAUACUGCUUUGUUCAGACUUAAGACGUGUUCAUGUGCACACAUGCUCUAAGCUUCAGUAUACAUACAGUGUAGGCUGGAGACCCACCCAUGUGUAAAGCACACGGAUCAUAGUUCACACCCUGCAGGAACAGGCCACAUUAGUGGCUGCUGCCCUCAAUGUUCUGUGCCCCCGGAGUUUUAAAAAAUCCAUGAAUGAUGCUAAUCAUCAAUUAUCAUAGUGGAGAGGCUGGUUAUGCUGUACAUUGUCUAAUCCACUUUGUAGCAGCACUUUAAUGACAUACUUUUCACCCUUUGCCUCACCAGCUAACUAGAUUUAUCUCAUUCCCAUAGGCAAGAGCGCUGAGAGAUUCCUUAAACCAACAAAGGCUGUUUUUUAAGGGGCAAAACGCUCAUUAAUGAAUGAAAGGCCCAAGAACAUCUGUUUUUCCUGCAUGUUCCUUAUCUCCAUGAGAGAUGGAGAGAUUUGAUGACAAAAACAGUUUGAAAGGGGGUUCCUUUGCCAUCUCUGGUACAUAUAUUGAGGUUUUUUAAAAUGAUGUUGAAUUAUUCAACAUCAGCUUCAAGCACAGAGCUGGUUAAGAGCCAUGAAAAGGUUAUCUCUGCCUUUAUUUUGGCAUACCAGAUGAAGACGGGGACAUUUAUUUUGCAUAGAGGACUCACAUCUCUUAGUUGGUUAAUUUUGAAUCUUUCUAAAGAGCUGUUUUUGCUCUGUUUUCCUAUUUUGCACCAGAGCAGCCCAAAAUCAGAGGAAAUUAGGUUAGCGGUGCUUUGUUUUUUUUAUUUUUUUUUUCUGUUGUUGUUUUGUUCGCUCUCACUCCCUUUUCUUUUCCUUUAAUCCCCCCUUUUCUCCCAGAGCCAGCUUUGUAGCUGGGUCCCUGCUCCCUAAUGAAGUCAAAGGGAUGUCAGUCGAUGCCACCUACACAGAAAGGAAUUUGAAAUGGCAUAGCUUUUGCUACACAGCAUGAACACACACAUGCACGCAGAUACGCGUGCGCACACACACACACACACACACACACACACACACACACACACACACACACACACACACACACACACACACACACACAGAGGAUGAAACUUCCACUGAAUGUGCUAGACAUUUUUGAAAUUGGAAGCUUGUAUGAGAUACAACAGGCUUACAGUUUGGAGCGCUUGUUUUGAGGUCUGCUUGUGCUCAGGGCUCUGGCCAUUUGUUGUUAGCAUAACAAUGUGCUCGCCUCCCCAAAUAUUUAAGGUAAUCUCAUACACGUCUGGCAGCAGCAAGGCUGCACUUCCAGUAAACUGCGUGCUCCUGUGAGUGUGUGUGUGCAUGUAUGUAUGUGUGUAACAGUUUGGUAUGAUACUCUGAUGCCCUUAGCCAAAAAGGCCCCCGGAUUAGCCGUCAGGCAUUCCUGAUGGGCAGCUCGGUUUCCAAGGUGAUUUGACCUAGGAAAAGUUUGGGGAACAGUCCUGGCAAAGUCAAGGCUUUUCACUUUCACCUCAGUCACUGCAUGCAAGUCAGUAACCAGGCAUACUGUAACUGGCUCAUUGUGUGCGUGUGUGUGUGUGUUAACUCCGUUAGAACAGUUAGAGUCCUCACAAGUUGCCAAAAAAAGUCAUAAAAAGUACGGUACUAACAACAAAAAGUGCAUGAAAGUUAACUGUUGCCUGUUAACAAGUUGUUUACUGUGAUUCACUGCAUUUUAUGGCCUCCUUGUGCCUUGUGGCAAACCCCAACCAUCUGGUGUUAAAGCAAGCUAGCUUAAAAUACUAUUGACCCAUGUGUGUGUUAUCCACAGAUUGUGCAGUGUCAUGGCCUCUUUUUUGAGGGACAUCACAUGACUGUGACAACAUAUGAUUUUCCUCUCCUUUACUUCUCCCUCCAUCACGUUUCAUGGUUACAGUUUUUUAUAAAACUAAUGUAGCGUGUCGAGUUUUUUUAAUGGGAUUCUCAGAGGCUUGGGAAGCACGGCUUUAAAUAGAAAAACAUGCAAUGAUAACACUGUUGUGCUUAUGGCUAAAGAAAGACAGAGGAGAUUGCAGGCUGCAGUGAAUCUGUAAAAGAGCAAGGGAUCACAUAGGAUAUGCCAUUAUAAAAUGUCAUCAAUAGUUUUUAAGAAAUCAAACACUAAGUUAUUUGAGACAGAAAGACAGAGAGGACUGCAAAGAGAGCUGGUUUUGCUGAAGAAGCAACAUGGAGAGGAGUCAAGCAAGAUAACAGACAUUUCUAAAAUAGCCUUACCCACAUUUUGAAGCAGAGCGUCACUAAUAAAAUUUUGACUGGGACUUUUUCUUUUUCUUUUCACUAAUUUUGGCAAAGUGAGGCUUAAUAUGAUUGAGAAGUUGCAAAACAAGAGAAGGACGCCAUGUUGGUCAAUGUUGUUUAAAAGUUUUCAGCCUGAUGUCUGAACAUUUCUGACUACAAAUCUUUUUUAUUGUUUUCAAGUCAGAGCAGUCAACAAUGAACAAUAGUACAUCAUGUCACUUGUUCUGGUUUACAAUUUGCCAGGUAUUAUGUGAGAUGCCGAUAGUAAAGCAAAACAUAUUAACCCAGAUAUAACUACCCAGCUACGCAUUCUCAUCUAUCCCCAACUCCCUCCUUCAUAUCCCAUCCAAAUCCAGUUUCCUGGAGUUUCAUGCAUGUGUGAAUGUGGAUCCAGUGCCUUAUGUCUCUUGUAAAAAUUAUGAGGGAUUGGUUUGAACAUUGUGUUCUUUAUGGGUCAAAGGUUAAAUUGUUGGAAACAGCACCCUGAGUUUCUUCAGGCUGACCUUGAGAAGAACACUAAUAAAUCACAAACUGUAAUAAGAGGAAACAAGAAUCAAAAUGACGCUUCAAUACGAAGUUAAACUCACAUUUUUCACUUUGUUUUUUUUUUCCACUGAUACAUGAGUCAUAAUCACUUUUGGAUGUCUUAUGAGCAUCUAGAGCUUAUUGCAGGUAAUAAAAAAAAUAAUCUAUCCCUUUUUAUAUUAUUUUUAACUGCAUUCCAUUUUUUUAUUACACUGGACGCUGAGACGGUUCACAUAAUUUAGUUGCCUGAAAUAGUUUUGUCCUGGGUUAAGAAUGGGACAAGGGGAGUAAAAAGGGGUCUUGCAGAAUAUUUCUGCUCUUAUCUCUUGGUUAAACCCCUGGGGCUCCACAUAUCCAUUUCCUUGUCUCCUCCCCUGCCUCCUUCUUCCCUCUGUCUCUCUUUCCUUCCUCGCUCCAUCUGUCUAUCCCCUCCUUGUUCUCGUCUGAAGGGUCAGAGAGGAAGGCAGUCAGACAGGGAGGGGAUGUUACUGAUGCUCUGUUACUCACCCACACAGACAUCUGCAUGCAAACACACACAGACACACACAUACAAAUAUGACCAUGCACAGUGGAAUUUAUUUACAGCUGAAAUGAAAAUCAACACACACACAAAUAAACAUUCAUUUCUUAUCCACAACUUACAAAUACAAAUACACUCAAUAAACCAAACCUACAGACAGGAACACACCCACGCAUGCACACUCAGAUUGAUAAGAUGUACAGAGGGGAGAGGAGCAAACACACACCCCUCCUGGCACCCACAUGCUCAGCGUGGCUAGUGAGCAGGGUGGAAAUUCUCAUGAAAGGAGUUGUAUAUUUGGAGAAGACAUAUCAUUAAGAUAGGCGGAGGGAAGAGGGAAGGGAGGGAAGGAUGCGCGGAGAAACUUUCCAUCUGCUCUUUUAAAGAACAUGUUAUUGCUUUUUUUCACUAAAGCCCUUUCUCUCUCUCUCUCUCCCUUCUUUCUUUCUCUUAACCCGCUGAAUCUCAGCCAAAGACCAUUAAGGCCCCAGAAUCACUCACAGACAAUAUUAAAACUGGGUGACUUGUUGCUGCACUGAGGAACUAAAUCAGAGUGUUUUGACAUCAAGGGGCUAAUUUGGUGGUUUUAAGAAAAGAGCAGACAAAAACAGUUUGAGAGAACUGGCUUUCUGGACAUUUUUUUUCAGUUAAUUCUUCCAUUAAGAAUUAAAAAAAGUCAUAAAAAGAGCUAAAAACAAAAGUAUCAAGGGUUGUAUAUAAGGAGGAUGUAGAGAUGGGAGAAGUUUCCUGAUCCUUUUGUGGUAAUUUAAUCAGAAUUAAUAAUGGUAAAACAUUUAAAACCUGUUUAUUUAGUUUAAUACUGUAUGUGAAACUAAUAUUUGUAACACCUGUACCUUUGGGCGCUUUAAUCUGUUUAUCAAAUCAUAAGUACAACUGACUUUCAGCCUUGGGUAAAUCUACUUGGUUUGAUUCCAGUGCUGGCAGGAUGUUGGAUGAACACAGUCUGGCAUUCAGAUUGCGUGUGUGAUCGCACGUCUGUCUGUCUGUCUGUGUGUAUCUGGUUCUGUAUAGCUGUCUGUCUUUCCUUGUUUGCCAGAGUUCGAGCCGCACUGAUACAGGGUGUGUUUGUGCUGCACUGUGGCCCCUGGCGUGGCCGCGGCGCCCCAAUAUCACGAGGCAGACACUCCUGCUUCCACAAAUCUGCGGCCCGCAGAAUGGACACAUUGAUCCUCUCCUGUUCCAUCAGCUGUGUUUAUUGGAACGGCAAACUUAAAAGAUGUGUUCACAUGAUGAGCUGUAAUGUGUGAGUGUGUGUGCUGUGUCUAUAUGUGAAGUGCGUCAACACAUCAGAUGACAUAGGCCCUAAAGAAUAAUGUUUUCUCACUUUAUGCUCACACAGGCAGCUGAUUGGCGCCCUGAUUUUCAGAUUCUGAUGUUAUCUUGUUUAUAGUAUGAAGAAUGAUUGUACACACGCACACUAUGAAUGAACUGACAGUUCACAUGCAUUGAUACGCACACACAAAGGCCCACACACACACACACAUAACAUGGUUGCGCAAAGAGAAGUGGACACCAAUUUGGCCAGAGGCGACAAUGCAAUUAUAACUUAGCGCAUGAAAUUAGCCUCCUUGUGUUCCCAUUCCCCACAACCAAUCACAUGGACAAGGGCAGGCUGGGAAAAAAUGAGACUCCCCUCUCUCUGCUGGCUCGUCGCAGAGUUAAACACAAUCCUGUUCAUUAUGCGCUGGAAAAACUGUAAUGAAAAAAUGAAAACUCUGGCGCCGCACUGAUUUUGCACGUCUGAUUAACUAUUAAGUGUGUGUGUUCUUGUUAGACAUAGUACUAGACUCUGGCCAUGUGUGUGGCGCCUUUUGUGAGUCGACACAACAUGGGAUGAGACAAAUACCAGGGAUAUGACAGGUCGAGGAGUUUUUGAAUUCAAAUCAUACAAAUAAAUCAAUUCUCUUCAACACAUCCAGAUAUUUCAUCUUUGACAUUUUAUUGAAUUAGAACAGUUGUCUUAUUUUUGUUUUUUAGUGAUGUUGAAGUAAGAUGUUUUAUCACUAAUCUCUCACUAGUUCUCUUUGAUAUCUCUGUUUUCAAUCCUCAAACAUCUACAUUAUGUUGUCAUAAAUGUUGUAAAUGCAACAUUUCUAGAUAGCGCCAUCGCUUCAACAAUCUUCUUUUCCUUCACCUCCCUCUCCUCCUGUUUUACGGCUCGCCCAUGGCGUUCAGCACAGUCCAUGUCUUGUCCCAGUCAUGAACAGCACAUUGUCCUCUGCCAACAAGGCGCCGUCUAACUGUGACACCCCCUGCUCUAAUAUAAAUCAACACACUCUCCGAGUUCACAUUUAUCCAAUUUAUUCAUUCUAUAUAUUUAAACAGGUGGCCCGACUUUAACUGUUCUCAGCUGGCCUCUGGAGGAGGAGCUGCAGGCUGGGAGUGACUUUUAAACAACUGGCUUGAAGUCAGUUGGGGUCAUCUGCCUCACAGCUCUGUUAUCUAUCGUUCAUCGAUUAUAUUUAUAGUUCUUGGGAUUAUUUUGAUAUAAAAUAAUACCAGAACAACAUAAUUUAUCCUUUUCUACUGUAGUCAAUCAAUUUUGAACAAGUAAUCCGGAUUUUGAAUCCAGAUUCUGAUUUAGAAAGGAUAACAGCAAAGUGGCAAACUUCACUGAGUCAUGUUAUUGCGCUAACUUUAAUAAGAACAAAAGCAAACAGCAGCAGUAAAGAUGAGACAUUUUAGCUCCUCUUGUCUGUAUUCCAUGGGGUUAACAUUACAUAUUCCCUUCUCUCUGAUUACAUAUGCAGCGGGGUGAAAGGGGGGCCAUCGACGCGAAUAUAUUUGUGUAAGAGGCUGCCUAAUUACCAGAGCUGGUUCUCCACUUCACUUAACUUUCUAAUUGGCUUGCCUUUUUGGCUGCCAUUAAUUACAAGAUUUCAUAUUCCAUUAAUGAUCAUGGGGGAGAGAGGAAUGUUAACGUGCACACACUCACACACACACUUGAUUUACAGGAUACAUACUGACACCUACGCACCAAUGAGCAUUAGCACACAGCUCAUUUUCUGCUCCUCAUUACGGUGAACGCUUCUAUGUGUGCGUGUAUUCUGUAAUAAUGUACAACAACUCUUUCUUCAUGGAAAGGCACAUCAGUUUCAUUUUUCAAAAACAAAAAGCUUCAUUAAACAAUUUGUGGUCAGCCUUUGCUCAUACCUGUCUGUUUACUCUCUCAUCUGCAGCAUCCCUACCCAUCAGAAGAACAGAAGAAACAGCUGGCACAAGACACAGGCCUCACCAUCCUACAAGUGAACAACUGGUGAGUCGUUUCAGAGUUUUCAUGCAGUCGAUUUCAAGGGUUUGCACCCCGAGGCGAUCCAAGUUCUUAAUGAUCGGAAUUAAUGCCUCCACUCCACCCCUAUUUUUCAUCCUACACACACAGAAACACACACACAUACACACACCACUUACCAAAUCAUCCUCACCUAGAUCAAUCCAACUAAAGAGAUAUGGCCUGGAGUGAUUUUCCAAACCAAGAGCCUAACUCAGCCCAAAACAUGAGCAUCCAUGUUAAUUAAGAGUCAAACUACUAUCUGCAAACAUCCAAUAAAAUCAUCCAAAAUGUAAGCUGGGUGAUUUUAUUGGAUGUUUUUCCAGUUAAACAAGAAUGCUCACCAAAAGAGUGUUAGCUCUGAGACUAAUUAUAGGGUUUUUACUUUGACUCACUUAUUCUGGGCUUAGUGGUUUUCUGAAGUACCUUUAACUUUGAUUAACAUUUGUUUAAGCAAGUCGGUGAAUAUCUCAUUUAACAUUUAUCUCUCUUGGUAAAACUUUAUAACACCCAUCCCUGUUUAGACUCUAUGCCAACCUUGAAGCUAGCUCAAACCUCAUUCAGUUCUUGUGCUAUUUUGAAACUUUUAUAGACACAAUGGCAGAUUUGUGCUCAAAAUUACUUUAAAAAGGUUAUUCAAGAAACAAAAAAUACUAAAACAGAGCUGUUUUCUUCAAACAAGGCUUUAUAACAGCAAAUGCUCAUAAUUAUUUGCUUAAAAUCCUGUUACAAAAGAAACUUUAAAUUGGCUUCCUUUACCAUUUCACCUGUUUCUAAGAACGUGUCCAAAAUGGAUCCCUAACCCUUAUAUAGGCGACUAUAUGGGGGUUAGCGCCAUUUUGAGGGGUGUCCGAAACCUGAGUGAUCCAUUCAAAUGCCCCAUAUAGGUGACUCAAAAUUUCCCAUAGAGCAUUGCAAAAUGUAGUGACCAUCCGAUGGUCACUCACCGGUGGUGGGCAUCCCGUCAUGCAUUGCGUCUUGCCAUGUAGAGUUUGGUAAUUGAGUUCACUACAUAGUCAACUAUAUAGUGAAACCCCAUAUAGGGGUUAGGGGUUAGGGACUGAGUGAUUCAUUUCAGACACAGCCAAAAUGUUAUGAUUGUUAUAGCAUAACCAGUUGUUCUUGUUAGCUUGCAGCCUAGCUUAAAAGCUUUACAUCCCAUUCAGGUUAUUGCUUUGUAAGUGAAAACUAGCCUGCUAAUUUGGCACGAGCGUGACUGCAGCCGGUGCCAUAAAAUCAGCUCGCUAACUAGUGAUUUUAACCCCAGGUAUCACAGUAAAAAAGGUAGAAAGGGGCCCUGUGUCCUUGUGCGGCUACUCUUAUCAGAGAGAUGGCUAUCAGCACAUGCUUAGUGUUAUUAGCCGUGUCUAAUUAAAGGGGCUGGAGUCUGGUGAACAGAGGCCAGGUCCAGGCAAGAGGGUGUUUGAUGUGAGCGGCCCUUAAAAUAAUCCUUGAAAGUAUCAGUCAGUUAGUAAGGUAAGGGUUUGAAAGUGGAGAGGAGGAGGAGAGGCAAAGAGCAGCAGAGUGAAAGAGAGAGAGAGAGAGAGAGAGAGAGAGAGGGUUAAAGAGCCAGACGAGUGAAAAAUAGAUGAAGAGAAAGAGAGGGAUGAUAAGGAGAGGGGGAGAGAAAGAGAUGAGACAUGAUAAAUCCCCAUUACCAGCAGACUAAUGAUGUUAACAUUAUUCCCUGCCAUUGUUCAAUCACAGACCUCAGAGACAGACAGACGUUAGAUUAGGGGAUGGUGUAUCAGUCUAUGGAGAAUUCAUUUAAUACCAGGCCAAAAAUACUACACACACACACACACACACACACACACGCUCACUUAUACGCACACGCUACAGCAGAAAAAGGCCGUCUGACCAGAGGGAAUCCUGUAGAGGUUAUCAAAUCACGUGACCUCUCUAAAAUCCAUGGGGGAUCAAUUCUUACAGCAGAGAUAAUGUGGAGCAGUGUGUGUGUGUGUUUGUGUAUGUAGGUGCGUGUGUGUGUCAGACAGACAGUCACAUGAACAGUAGCUUGGUCACUUAAGGCUGACUGUGUGCUCUCAUUCUGUUUGUUGUUUUUUUAUUGGUAGGGGGGAUAGCAACACACCCUGAAGGUGUGUGUGUGUGUGUGUGUGUGUGUGUGUGUUUUUGUGCAUGACCAACACACACUGUGUAAAUCGUGGGAGGUUAAUCUUGGUUUGUGGAAGAUGGUGUAUGUGUGUGUGAGUGAGUUUGAGAGGGGAACCGGGGGUGGUUAAUCUAAGGGGUAUUAGCUGUUAAACCCUGCAUGCUGGGAUCCCGCUGCCCCCUCACAUUUUGUUUUAUACAAGUGUGUGUGCGCUUGUGUGUGUCUGCGCACUUGUCCAGAGGCAUAUUUCCACGCAUGGUUGUUUGAGUGAGCGAGCAGUUCAUUGUAGCAUGGGACUGUGAACGAGGAGGAAACAAUAAAGUGAAAAGAUGAAGUGAUGUUGAGAAAAACGGCAGAAAAAGAGAAUAAGGAAAAGAGGAAGAGGAGAGAUGGAGAUAGAGAUAGAGGAAAGAAAAAAAGAUGAAAAGGGAGGAAGCGAGUAAGAGAGACAAUCAGUCAGAGAGGUUAUGUUAGGGGAACUGCUUCACAGGCGCGUUGUUGUGCUGGACGGGAAGCCCCGUCAUUGGGUGUCUCCAUAGCAACCCCCGGUGAUGUUACCUCCUGACCCACUGAUUUGGUGAAGUCAAUUUUCCCUAGCUGUGAUUUUGUUUGUCAGUGAACACACGAACACCAAAAUACGUGCAUGUGUAAACUCUCUCACAGUUACACACAUUUUCCCAUGCAUUCACAUGCAUCAAAUCUGCUCUACAACUGUGACACUGUGACAUCAAGUCUAAGUCAACUUCAGUAGGCAUAAAACACUCAGUCCAAGAGUGUAUGUGUCACAGUCAUACCCUCCAUGCACACUAGGUUCAUGUCAAAUGACUGCAGACAUACAAAUUGAGGGUCACCUAUAUUCGUGGUCCCAACAGGAUAUGACCUAAUGAUCACUAACAGGAUCAACUGACAAAUAAAACACAGUCUUGUGAUAAAUUACAGCAUAAAAUCACUGUCUGAUCCACACAGAGCCAAACAUACACUCUCCCUUUUUUUUACCACGUGUGCAAUGUGUUUUCCUCCAUUUAUGUACUACUAUAGAUAUAGUCCAUCUCAUACUCUCUCUCUCUCUCUCUCUCUCUCUCUCUCCCUCUCUCUCUCUCUCUCUCUUGCACACCAAAGAUGUGUUAACACACAUGUUGGUGUGUAUUAUUGAUGAGCUAGCACGCAGUAGGGCUCAGCAGAUUAAAUAAAAAUGCUAAAGGCCGGCAAGGGGCGCAGAUCACUCAUGAAUUAUUGGCAGAAAUACGCUGCACUAGGGAAUCUCAAUUUGAAUGGAGAAAGUGUUCCUGUGUGUGUGUGUGUGUGUGUGUGUGUGUGUGUCUGUGUGUGUGUGUGUGUGUGUGCGCGCGCGUCAGAGAAAAGGAAGAAGAGCGAAAGAGAUAGUUCAGGUGUGUGCAGUUACACAGCAGGAUCAUAUAUUGAGAAUGUACACACCCAAAGGCAAAUAGUUAGACACAUCCCUCCAUAGUGGCUUGUAAAGAAUACACUUUCCAGACAGGUAAGGUAUGUACACAGUGUGUGUGUGCGUGCGUGCGAGUGUAUGUGUGUGUGUGUGUGUGUGUGUGCGUGUAUGUAUAGUUCCCACACACCCAUGUUUUAAGAACACAGGGAUAAGUCAUCAUGAGCACACACUUAAGUAUGACAAUAAUGCUCUGACAGUUAACUAUACUUUUACUACAGGAUUACAGUAAGCAGGCUAAAGCUACACUGAUGAACCUAUUACCCAUGUGAUGAAAUUAUUCAUUAGUAUAUAAAAAAUGAUCAACAAAGAAAACUGGUAUUGGGACACCUUGUCUGCAUUUCAUAUUCAUAUUUCAAGUUUAAUAUUGAACAUUUGAUAAGGGUGGUCAUAAUUCCAUUGUGGUUUUCAGUGGAAAAAAGCAAAUAAGAUCCGAGUUUAAAGCGAACCAGUCCUGUGAGGCUUAAAGAGAGAAAGGUCCCAGAAAGAUGAGUGACAAAUUGAAAAGAAUCAGUGGUAUUUCCAUUGGUCAAAUUUAAUUUGAAUUAAAUUUGAUUGAGCUCUGAAGCACUGGUAUACAAGCUCACUUCCUUCUUUAACAAGUGAUAUGUAUCAUAACAUUAGUGCACUGUUCAAGGCCUUGAAUCUUAUCAGUGUUUAUUUUCAGUGCAAUCAUGAUUUUAACAUCAUAAGACAAUUUACCACAAAAGAAACCUUUAAUAAAUACACUCCCUACCCUGGUUAACUAAUCUUCUGGUCUUAAGAGUUUCUGUAGUGGGCUGCCAGUUUGGCCCAAUUGUUAAAGCCCCCUUCAUAAGGAGGCCAGUAGUCCUCAUCACAGCAACCUCAGGUCCCAGUCCAGCCUUGGCCUUUGGCUGCAUGUCACUCUCCACUCGCUCCUUUUCCAAUAUUUGCUCUUUCUUCAGCUGUCCUGUCACUAAGGUAAAAAUGGCCCAUAGGUCACUUUUAAAAAGCGUCUCUGUCAGGCUGAGAAAGGCCUGGAUCUUUGGGACUCCGGAGUGUUUAUUUUGAAGGUGAUAAAGAGAGGAGAUGAUGACCACAUGUUCACUGUUUUUGUCUCAGUCAGAGACUUUGUCACCUGACGUCUUGACAUACUCUGGACAAAAGCCCCUUUGUGUUUGAUCAUUCUGGCUCUCAGCCUUCAUUUUUCUUUAACAUGAUGUCAAACUAGAUCACAUAAUCACAUGUUGGUAAAGUGGAGCAGCAGAGGAGCAGAUGCCAGGGAAACUAAACCUACUCUGAUACAAAACAUAAAAAGUGACAACUUAUAAAUAAAAAUACACAAAGUCAAAAUACAUUUAUUAACAGCUAUGAGAGGGAUCCUCAGUGACACAAAAGUGAAGCUGAAAAUAAAUCCUACCUACUUUUAAACAAAGAAAUAUAGGAUUUGACACUGGAGACUAAUUGAACUUAGAUUUGUAGUAAAAAAAUGAAGGAUAUGUUUCAGUAGAGUCUAGAAAAGGAAGCUCAUUUUCCAUGUCCAGGUCUACUUACCAUCAAAGCAUCUCGGUGUCCCUGAACAAUACAGGUCUCCCUGCCCACACAUUGUAAACCACUCUGAAAUAGCUAAAAGCUCAAAGUGUAACAUAGAUUGUAGGUCCUGCUCCCUUUACUUUCUCUCUCUCUCUCUCUGGUUGUAGUCAGUAUCUCUGUGCUAAGUUCUCCUAACGCUCCGCUGAUGUAAAAAUCGAUGGCGAGGUCAUCAGGUUUCCCUUGUUGGCUGCCCCUCCCCUUCCUGCCUGCAAUUUAAUAAUGCCCCUUUAAAGGCAGUGUUUAAGCCUCACCGAGCGAUUGUUUUGUCAAUAAGACCUCCUUUUACGAACGUCUUAAAAGCAUAGGCUGGGAGAGAGUGAGCGAAUCAGAGAGCCAGGGAGGGAAAGAAAGGUAGUGUUUAAGAGGGGCAUAGUGGACGGACGCGGGGGCUACUUAGGAAGGAGCGGCGUGACACGUGCAUAGAUGCCACUUAUCAGGUUUCAGAAAGGACAAGAGGGAGAGGUGAGGGAAGGGGUAAAGAGGGGAAGCAUAAAUGAGUAGAAGUCUGUCACUGAGAACAAAAAAAUAUUCAGAUUAUUAACAAGUAAUAAGGUACUUUGACAAAUAUGUCCAUGCAGUUAAAACAAAAUAAACCAAAACCAAGAGAUAAACUCAAGUCUCUCCUGCUUUGGUUUGGCCAUUGCGCUUGUGUCAGUGUUGUUCUGGGAAUAUUGCUGUGGCAGCAGAAGAAAGACAACCAAAUGAUCAGACAGCUUGGAAUGAGCCAAGCCAAAUAUAUGAAAGAAAAGACCAGCUAACAGGGAAAUGCUGCCUGACUGAUGAGUUAUAAAUGAUCCACUCUUAGUUUAUGGAACUGAAUUUGGUUCAGUUUGGGGUUACAAAACUUUCUAUAAAUGAGCAUGCAGAGUUCCCCUGUGCAAUGAGACACUUCUGGCACAUAUACACUUGGAGUUUAGCAUCAACUUUGGCUCAAGUUUAAACCCAUUCGUUCAAAGUUUAUGGAAUCUUCUUCAUAAAACAUGGCUCUAAACAUGUCGUCCUAAUUGAUCCCCUGAGUUACGUUGUGUAUGAUUUUACGAUGACAAAAAAAUAAAUUGCAAAAAAGCAAAGAGCGCAUAAAUGAGACUUAAAUAGUUAACGAACAACAACAACAACAAAAACAACAACAACAAGCCUUUAAAAGAAAUGCCAGAGACAAACAGGUAGAGUGAGAUGAGCUGCAUGGUUCAGUAUAUUGACACGCUGGAAAGAGAGAUGCUGGAACUUGUUCGCAGAAAGUCUUUUGAGGUGUGUGUGUGUGUAAGUAUGUGUGUGCUUUGGAAUUAGCAGGCCCAGUUUCAGUCCAUGCCCUAGAGCCUGUUUCAUACACUGCACUUCUGUCAAGUUGCUUCAGCCUGAAACUCCCUGACAUUACAGCAAAUACCACACACCACACACACACGCACAUACAUGAACACACACACAUUUCUCUAGAUAUGACCUCACCCCCUUAGAUUUCAACGCCGUGUUCAAAUGUUAAAAUAAUUUCUAAAGCAAUAUUUUCGUCCUUCAGUUUGAAGUCAGUUAGCUUUUACAGGAAUCUCUCACCUGUGCAGACACGACCCAGUCUAAACUGUAUUAUGUCAACAUCAGUGUGUGCAGAGAAGUGUGUGUUCUCACACACAUAAAGGUGUCCAUGUGCAAAGACACACUCUGAUCCGAACACCAUCUCUCCUCCCCCCUUUUCUUCCUCUCACUCUCUGUGUUUCUCUUACAUCACAGCACGCUGCCCGGGGCCAAACCUGCAUUUCUCUCCGCUCGCCUCCCUCUCAAUUUUUUUUAUUCCCUCCUCUUUUCUCCCCACUCCUGCUUUUCAACCUUCUUUUGUAGCAGCAGAGGGGGGGUCCAAAACAUGAAAGCAGUGGCAGACCAUGAAUGCCAGGGUCUGCGUCAAAGCGCACAUGGUCGUUGUCGUGCUCGUCCUCAUCAGUCAGUUGUUGUUCCCGUGCUCAUGUUUUUCUGUGCUGAUCAAAUGCUGGUUUGAAGUGAAGCAGCAGGGAUGCUGGGCAUGAUGUGCCAAAAGUAGGACACCUUCCCCUACAAUUAACAGCCUAAAGACAUUAGCUCUAUGCAAUUAAGAUAAGUGAUGGUUCUUUGUAAAGAAUUUGUAAACAAACCAUUGAAUAAUAAGACCUAAUGAUGCUUUCUCUUGGAAACUAUGAAUAUAUUACAUAUUACAUAUUACAACUAGUGUAGAUCAAUGAACUGGAUCACAGAAUGACUGGAAAUCCUGUAGACCUACUAUAAAAGUCUUUGAUUAAGAUUUAAAAAUGAUUAUUUGCCUCGUUAGUUCAUUUCUCAGCCUGUUUGAUCAUGGCAGAUGGUUACUUACCAAUGAGUCUGCUAUUGCUUGGGGUUUCUUCCUGUUCAAAUGUUGUUGCUUUUUUGCCACUGUUGUCGAAUGCCUACACUUGGGGGUAAAUGCCGGUGUAGGUACCAGAUCCGGGCUGCUAGAUCUGCUUGGGGUCUGGUGCUUAUUGAUGACAUCACGCUAUGUGAUUGGUUGAAAUUUUGCCCAGAUGACGUAGAUGAUUGUGGUUGGUCUGGACAUGACACAAGUGGUUUUCGCUGGAUUAGGUUUCAUGGGAUUGUAGUUCUUCGCAGAUAACAUGGACGAAUUUUAUGAAGCAAUUUACUGCUACUUAUCAAAAGGGACUUAUGACAGCCAGACAACCGCCUCUUUUAGGUUGCCAAAGGAAAUGUGGAAUAAAAGCAAAACUAUCUACCAAUAAACAGAGAUCCUGCAUACAUUUUUUUUUCUUUUAGAAAAGUUAACAUAUGCAAGUAGAGCCAGCAAAAAAUUACAGAACAGUAAGUUGUAAUUGUCUGUAUUAUAUGGAUAGAAAAUUUUGAGGUGAAUUGAAUGAACAAACUAAAAUAAAGAAAACCGCGAGGGGCUUUUAACCAAGCACAUUUGACUUAUUAAAUGGAGCGCAAUGUAGUUUGUCCGAAUGGACUUGCCGUAGUGUGACGUCUUCAAUGGCCACUGAGCCCCGAACACAUCUGGUACCUACACUGGGUCUCUGUCAUACCAAAGAGUUUGACCUAAAGCUGUUCUCUAUCAAAGGAACCAUCAGAAAACUUUCAUCAUGUUUGUCCACUUUAUGAAUAAAGAAGGAUGAAUCGACUUAAUCAAGAGAUUGAAGCUGAUCAGCUCCAACGAGUGUGAUUCUUAAAUAUUAGCAUGUGGACCUGUAAAAAUCAAAGAUUCUACUUUUCCAAAAACACAGUCCAUCCUUUCCUCUUUGAGGUGUUGCCCCCCUGACUCUUUUUUUGUGGUGCUUGCUGACAGUGGAUUUCGUCUGCUUAAAACCACCUCUGUUAGUUUCUGGGCAGUCAGAGGGAUCCCCAUAGCGAUGGCUGCUGCGAGCCAGCGGGGGGAAGUGACAUGCACACACACAGGAUAUGACACGGGCAGUAUGGGGGGAUUUAGGUCAACCGCUGUGUGUUUGCGGCAGUCCCACACUGCAAGCCCUGUCAGCAAUACUAGCUCAGUGUGACACCGGUCAUCUGUGUGUGUUUGUUUUUGUGUGUGUGUACACUGAAAUUUGCUUUUUUGGUGACUUGAACUGUGUUUAUUUGUGUUUGUGUUUGUGUGUGUGUGUGUGUGUGUGUGUGUGUGUGUGGUAAACACAAACCCACACUGUAUAUAUUUGCAUGCAAAUGCAUAUGCAAAAUGCUCCAAAAAGCCUAAGAAACACACACAGGAAAAGACCCUCUGCUAACAGAGUCUUACCAUGAGCCCAUACACACACAUACUGUACACACACACAUUUUGAUCCGACCCAUAUAGGCUAAGGAGACACAGACUUCUUCCAAUGUUGUGUUUAUUGAGUGGGCAGCACAGGACGGCCAUGUUGUUUCUUGGUAAAACCAGGCUUUCAGCCAUAGCCUCUCUCUGGCAUUGAUGGAUGAGCGGCUAACAGAACCCAGGACAGGCUGAAUGUGUGUGAAGGGAAGCAGGAACAGAGAUAAAGAGAGCGACGGAGGUCACAUGCUGCAGCUACAUGCUCCCUUCCGAUGUUCUCCUUCUCUUGCCAUUAUUUCUUUGUCUUUCUUCUUCUUUGAGUUUUACUUUCCAAACUUAUUCUCCCUCCCUCCCCUUCUUUCUUUCUUUCUUUCUUUCUUUCUUUCUUUCUUUCUUUCUUUCUUUCUUUCUUUCUUUCUUUCUUUCUUUCUUUCUUUCUUUCUUUCUUUCUUUCUUUCUCACCCUCUGUUUGUGUUUGGCCUUUUGGCGAGUCCUGCUUAGAAGUCAGUGAGGGUUGCAAAGCCAGCAAAGUCAGAGCCAAUGAGUUCAUGUGUGUGUUUUAAGUGUUUAACAUUUCCUCUCUUUAACUUUGGGAGGCACCUGGUCGUCAUGGACACAAAUGUACACACUAAACACACAGGUACACACAGAGCUCUUCUCCAGUUUGUGUAUGUGAGAGAGAGAAAGAGAGAGAGAGAGACAGACAGACAGAGAGAGAGAGAGUGUGUGUGUGGUUACCAAUCCUGUCACUUCACUCUGUAAAACCAGCUUUAGUGCUGGAUUCAUGGCUCUCUUAAUGGACACCGGGCUCUUGGGUGGUGGCGCAACAGUGUGUGUGUGUGUGUGCCUGUAUGUGUGUGUGUUUCUACGUGCUUGUAUUUUAUGUGUGUGCAGUAAUGGGGAUUAAGUGACCCCAUGGCUGCUCUCAGUCUAAAGCUCCUUUUAAAUUUCACACUGUUUUUCUUAUGUUUCCCUCCAUAUGUGGCAUUAGAUCCAGCUAAUCCACCUCGUGUUAUUAGGAGCUGGAUCAGCAGACCUGCAUGUAUUGGAUACGUGUGUGUGUGUGUGUGUGUGUGUGUGCGCGCGUGUGUGUGCAUGGCUGUAUGUAUGUUUGGAGAUGGUUCAGGAUAUUUUCCCUGCCAAUAAAGACUUACAUGUAUUGCUGACUCGAAACACAAGCCUCCUGUCCCAUCACAGCCAGGUUUCAGUGCACACACUCUUGGUCAUGUGACUCCUGCAUGACCUCACUUCAACCUUCCAUGUCCAGCGUGCUUAUGUUUGUGCGUGUGUUUGAUGCAUAUAGAUUUGAUGUAUAUUUGCAUGUCUGUUAAUGUCUGUUAGAGUGUAACAGUUUACCUUCAGGUAAUAGGGCACCACACCUUCCCUCACUGCUGCACACAGCUUUUCUUCUAUAGGAGGUUGAGAAGCAGAGAGGAUCAUGGGACUUAACCUAUGUGUGUUUAUGUGUGUUCAAACCUUACAGACCCAUGACAUCUGUAGCUGUUUGUUUCAUCUGAGCAGUAUUGUGGAGAACAGGGAGAAGUACAUGAACAGUAUGCAUGUGUGUUUGUGUUACAUGGAGUUUGUAGAGACUCUAAGGUGGGGAUAGAGACGGGGAAGAGAGGAGGGAGGGAGAUAUGUUUGGGAAAUAGAGGGAGGCAAUUUAUGAGUCAACUCAGCAACUGAGGGAAACAAGGGGAGAAGCUCGUAAUUCUCUCACACACCCACAUGCAGUGGCACUCGUAUGCAUAUAAACACAUGUAGAAUGUAGGUACGUGCACACAAAGACAGUGUAACCUCUUGGCAGUGCAGAAAAAAAAAGAUUUCUUCAGAGGAUGGGCAUAUGCUUGUGGCACAUGUGAAGAAAUUAUAAAGUUCUGCAAGGGUAUAAGUUUCGACUGCAGUAUUGGAAUGGAAUGUUACAUGUGCUUGUUUAACUCUAAUGUUUUGUGUAAAUGUAAAUUACACCCCCUCACUGUUUGUGUGUUCUAAAAAAACACUGUCUGGUGGUGCUAAUUUGUAUGAAUCUCUCUUUAUAAAAACAAGAGUCAGGUAAUCAGUUAAAGGAAACUAUCGAUGGAUAGAAAAAAUCUCUUUGUUUGCAUGAAUGGCUGUGGUGGUAUUUGAGGAUAGGAUAUUUGGAAUAGGUGUUAAUUGUGGUUGAGCAGCAGACAAUCAAUGGUAGCCGCGCUGUGACAACCUGAUAAUAAGCUACAGGACUCAACCCGUCAGAGCUCGCUUUCUUUUUAGUGCCUUUAAAUCACAUUGAUUGGCAGCUAGGAGAAGUGUGUGGUUUCAGUGUUAUUUUAAGCGGCUCUCACAUUUGAAUAUGCAUGUAAACCCUUGUCAGCGUGCACUGAUCUGUCUACCAGCAUGUCCUGGAGUAGACAUGUGCGCUUGUUAUGCUGGAAAAAUCUAGGUGUGUGUUCAAAUGUGAGGUGUUUGCAGGCGUGUGCGUGUGUUUGUGUGUGUGCAUAUUCUCUCAGAUUACUAAUGUAAUAUUGGUAGUGAGUGUAGAGGGCGUUUGUAUAUAUGUGCAUGUGCACAUUUGUGUGUUUGAGUGUGUCUCAUAUUACUAAUAUAAUAUUGGUAGUGGGCUCCGGAGAUGAGUGUGUGUUUGUGUGGGUAUGUGUGCCACAGAAUCUGAGAACUCCACAUGAAUUUAAAUGAACGAGCUUGCACAGUAACCUUUUGUAUAUCCAAUCUGCAUCUUUCCACUGCUCGUUAUUAAAUUAUCCCCUAAUUGGUCACGCAACAAAGGCAGCUGAUGAAAAAGACAAUUUCUUGCUUUUAAUUGGGCAUUUCACGUGUGCUUCGUGUACACCUGUGUGCGACUGCCUCCACUCGCUGUGCCUGUGUGCGUUUAAGUAUGUGUGUGUGUGUCUCGGGUGUAAUGAGAAUAGGACAUUAGCAAGGGCUUGGCAGACGCCGUCGCAAUCAGUUCCACUCCUUCCAGAGAAGGAGGGAGAAGGGUGGGAGGGGUAAUCCAGACAUUAGCAAUCUCAGAAGGAAAAACAGAUUGAAGGUACGACAACAACAAAGAGAAAUUCUUCCAGUCAGUUUCCUCAUAUGACUUACAUAAGACUUCACUUUGGACAUCACAUAAGUUUUUUUACCCAGGGUUACAUGUAAAUGUCAAGCAUGUGUGUGUUUUCCAAAAAAUUUCACAAGGCCAAAUUUUUAUGCCAAGUCAUUUUCUUUCCUCCUGCUUCUUCUUCUUCUUUUCGCCCAAAUUUAGACGUACCAUCGGUGGUGUGUCACGCCAAAAUAGCCCAGCUAUUGUUGCCCUGAGCGGAGCUGAAUAGUACAGCUCAUUGUGUUGUGAUGGGAGGCAGGGGAAUGAACAGGCCAUAAACACUGGCCCUAUGGCACCCAGGGGUCGUGCAAAGGUGAAGCCUCACUCCCCCUAAUAGAGGGACUCCCCCUUCCCUUUUUUUUCUUCCCUGUUUUUCUCUCACUUUUUAUCUACCAGAAAAAAAAUUCUCAUUUGCUUCCUCUUGAUUCCCAGCAUUUUUCUCUUCUCUUCCUAUGUCACAGUCUUUCCCUCUGUCAGCUUAUUAACGGACACAGCAAGAGUGUCUGGUUUGCAGACCAGAGCCCCUUGGCUUUUUUUCCCCACUCUCUCACUCCUCCUUCCCCCCCGCUCUCCCGCUCUCCAUCGCUCUGUUCCCUUGGCUGCUAUUAUGAGAGGCAUUUUAUCCUUUGUUCCUGCCCCCAUGGUGCAUCUGGCCUCAGAUAUGGGGACGACAGGGACAGGAAACCAGCAAGAGUUUUUUCAUGGGGAGGGGUUAGAGUGUGGGUUUGUCUCUGAAGGUGGACCGCCAGUUUCCACCGUACAGGCGAGGAUUGAUAAGGAGAGAGCGAGCGGGAGAAGGAAACAGAUACAGAGAGGGACGAGAAGGAGAGAGGCCGAGUUGCUGAAGUUGCUCCGGUGGUAAUGUUGGCAGCACUUGUAGCAGCAGUAGCAGCGGUGAUAGUAGGAUUAUUAUUUCUCUGAUACAUAGUCUCUUUAAUCCUCAGAGUAAAUAAGCACUGGUGCCAUCCUUCUGGGAGGUCACUUUGAGUUAUGAGUCUGUUACAUUCCUCCUUGAGCCAACUGUACCAAGAACAAAUGCCUGACUUUUCAAGCAGUGCACACCUAUUGCCAAAACAACCUCUUUUGUUGCAUCAGUACUUUUAUUUUUUAUUUUUUUUUGCAUGAGGAAGAGACGAAUAAAGAGGAAGGUACAAAAGUGAAGGAACAGAGGAAAGGAGACAGCAGUGACAGAGGAGGUGAAGAGAAGGAGAGGUCAACUGUUAGCAGGCACUGGCCUCGAGUUGACCUUGUCCCUCUAUAAAGUGUCCAGCGAUUAAAGGAAAGGAAAGAAGAAGAGGAGGAGAGGAGAGGAGAGGAAUGCUAAGGCCCCCCUCAACCCUCCUUGCCCUGUCUCUCUCCUUGCUCCUCCUUCCAUAUCUCCCCCAGCAAAACCGGGUGGAGGAAGGGAGGGAAGGAGGAGAGGGUGUCGGUGAUAAAACUCCAGACAUUCUCUCAUUUGAUGGUGCUCUGCCAUGUCAGUGCAUUCUUGCAUUCCUACCGAGCUCAUUCUGUUUCUGUCUCCCCCUUAAAUUCCACUCAAACAUACAAAAAAGUGUAAGAAAAUGUGAACAAAUUGGGGAAAAAAAGCGUGGCACGCAAAGAUGGGGUCGUUCUCAUUCUUUAUUUGUCGUCACAAAACAAACAAGCAAACAAAAAAAAAAACAACCACAAAUAAAACAUUUUUAGUAUUUAUAAGAUUAUGAACAUGGCAGUUGCAAAAUAAACAACAACAAAAACAGAAAUCAUGCAUCUUGUGGCUGAUAAUAUUUCUUUUCUGUUGCUAUGAGUGUCCGUCUCAUUUCCCCUCCAGCUCUGUCCUCAGAAGUUCAAGCAGGACAGAUAGUGCCAGAGAGAAAGAGACAAUCGCACCAUAAAGCAGUUAGAGGACAAAUAUUAAAGAGAUAAAAGCAAGAGGGUCCCAUCCACUAAUUGGAGGUCAAACAGAAGCACUAACUAGUGUCCUUUUGUUUCUCCUCCUCCUCCAGAUCUCUUAAACACUCCUUCCUCCACCCUCAGAAGCGUAGCAUGGCUAUUGUUUUGCCUAAUGCUGUUCCUCUUAUUCAGAGAUGAAAUGGAAGUGUCCAGUGGGGCAACAGCAGGAACACAUAAAUCAAGUCAGAAGCCCCAAGAGCCCUCUCUCCCUGGGGUCAUUACAGGUCAGAGGGUCAUUUCACAAGGGGUUAGGCUGAGCAAGAGCAGAGCAGAGCGCUGCCUGUGUGAGGGCGUGGAUAUAUGUGUGAAUAGACCUAAGAGAAGAGGGAGAGGGGGAUUUAAAUAUGAGUAACUGCGCACAUGAAAUGGUGUGCUUUUAUAGGCGGUCACAGGGUAAAGAGAAGGUUGUCCCUGCCUGAAUCGAGCAAAUCCGGCUCCUGUGGAAACUAAAAAAAGCUCCUGCUGUCACAGAGUAACACAUGCUCACCUGUUUUAGCAGACUAUCACCCAAAAACAAUACCUCUCACCAGUGGCAACAUGACAUGUUUCUGUCAGCAAACACUUCCUACACCACCGCCGAACUCGAAGCCAAGUGUGUUAAAUAGUCAGCAAUCUCAGCCCGCCGUGAGGUGGAACGUCUCCAACAAAGCGAGAUGGGUCGACAUGUUUCAAACAGGCAGAGAGGAAAAUCCUAGUUGAGCCUCGCCCCACAAAGACCCCAGUGUUUUCAGGCUGAUGUGACUGUGUGUAAGCCAACACUCUGCGAGUUUGUACAAGUCGGGAACUUCUGAAUUUUAAGAGACAACUACCUUGGUUGCCAGGGCUGUUAAGAUGUAACCUCUGCAGUGAGCUGUUUUAGGCUUUUGCAGGGCUCAGAGUUGCUAAGAGAGGAAUCAUUUCCCCACAUUACAAUUAUGGCUCAAUAAGAGAAAGACUCGGGUUUGGCAGUGUAUUACUUUUUUGAGCUGUGCGCCAAGAUUUCAAAUAUUUUUGUAUUUUUCAGCCUCAUCUUGCCUUGAUAAAAACACUAACUAACCCUUCUGUCCUCUCUUCCCUGUUCCUCUGCAGGUUCAUUAACGCCAGGAGGAGAAUAGUCCAGCCCAUGAUCGACCAGUCAAACCGUGCAGGCAAGUCUCCUCUAGUUACUGUAUUCAAGUCUCGCAGGCGAAAGCCAUCCACACUCCAUGCACCAGGAGGCCCCUCUGCUGGUAAAUACAGGACUGAUGCCCCCCCAUUCUGGAAUGUCCAAAUCCUGUAGGGGGUUUUCCUCUAAACUGACCACUAAAAUUAAAAACAACAACAACAACAAAAUGUUUCAACAUUAACAACAACCAUUAAUCAACUUUGAAGUGGGGUGAGAAACCAUUAAUGAUGAAAUAUAAUAGUAUGGCUCAGACUGAGUUUGUGAUGAGUGGAUUUGUUGAUUCUAGCCUUUUUCUCAGUGAAGUUGUUUUUUUAUUUAACCCCUUCCUCUCCCCUUUAGACAGACAGUCGGAGGAAAAAAAGAAAAACAACCUCUCCCUGUAGGCUCAGACCAAAACAAAACAUAAAAUCAACUACACCCAUGUCUUUUUUUGGGUGACCGUUGUUUGGCUUCUUGGCUCCAGACCUGUUUUUACCCCCCAAUCCCUCACCCCUUUAAACCCCCACCCCUUCCUCAACCCUAUUUGUGGCUGUUUCAGUAAGCAAGGGGCUUGAGGGGAGUGAGUGAGUGAGCGGUCCCCCUGGUGCAUGGCUUGGUUUGGACUGCCGUAAACUUUAUUACCUGUAAUAGGGGUCAGAGGUCAGGGUGGCAUUAGGGGCGCAGUAAAGUUCAAAGGCAUUCAGCGGGGCUGAGUUCUUGCUUUUGCUUGACUGACCCCCAAACAGCCUGAAUCGAAGGUAAGUGGAUUUCUAUGAGCACAGAACAAUGGAGGGCAGCGAAAACUAAGAAGUCUAUCAGGUUUCACUUAGCUGAGCUGCUCAGUUUAAGGCAGCAUUUAUUAGAUAAAGCAUUUACUGUUGGGAUUGGAGCAUAUUCUGAGGCCACUUAGGAAGAAAGAGCUGACCUUUCAGAGCGUCAGCCUGCAGCUCAGUUUAUUCGUUUGAUCAUGUUUUGGAUCAUAUAUUUCAGGAGUGACAGUGUAACAGUGUUUUAGAGCCAUUUUAAGGAGUCAUGAGUAUUUAUAAAGAUGCAAGAGAGAGGUUUAAAACUUGAUUUUGCAUUUGUAUAACAUAGCUACGGUGGCCCUGAGGUGCAAAACACAACAGCAAAUCAGAAAACACAACAUUAAAUGUCGUUGUGUUUUCUCUUUUGCCAUUGUGUUUUGCACCUCAGGGCCACUGUACAUAGCAGUACUCAGAUGUACUGUAUGAGAUUAUUUUAAUAAUUUCAAAAUGAUAAAAAAAACUUGUGUUAAAUUGUUCAAUAAAUCUAAGGUCUACUUAGUCUGAAAGACAGACAACAUUGAAAAACACAGACAAUGCAGAAGUCAUGUAUAAUGUAAGAAAGCUAUGAUGAAAAACUUGUGAAAAAGGUAAAUAAGACAAAAAUAAAGAGCAGAAAUAAGUCUGUUCUUAAAACAACAGCAGAAAUGUGGACCAGGUCUGUGUGGUCAGUCCAAAAUAAAAGCACUAUUAUAAAGAUAGGUCGAGUUUUUGCCUGAUUCUCCUCCUCAUGUGAGUCUGAGGUGCACCAUAGUGUGUGUUGUCUGAUCCCUAUUAGAGCGUUUAGACGUAUUAAAGUCUACCAGGGGCUUAAAAAGCCGAGCUGGCUGCACAGACACGGAGCAGUGACGUUGAAAGAACAACGGUGGCUCCCUGUGCGUGCACCGGCCGACAGAUGAUCCCGCUUCGGCCACUGAGCCUUAAUUAAAAGUACUAAUUGACCACUCCGUCCCCUCCCACCCUCCUUCCCUCCCUCUCUCUGUCUCCUCCCUCCAUCCACAGUAAGUCAAGGAGCUCCCUACAAUCCAGAUGGCCAGCCGAUGGGGGGCUUCGUCAUGGACGGCCAGCAGCACAUGGGAAUCAGACCACCUGGUAAGGCUUUCUCUGCGUGUCUGUCCCUUUCUUUCCUCCUCCAUCUCUGUGGUUUCUUUCCUCACUGUCCUCCUUUUUCCUCUUUACUGAAUCCUGCCUCAUCAGUCUUGUAGUUCUGCUCCUGUCUUCUCUCCUUCAUCCCCCUUUUUUCUCCCCUUCUAUAGCUUUGCUCAGUGUUCCUAAAUGUUUCACAGUAUCUGCCAUGUUGAUGGUUCAAGUGUAAUAUGGAUUGUACAUUCACUCUCAAACCUAGUGACAAAGAUACACACAUACUGUACACACGCACCCGCCCCGCCCCGCCCCCACCACACACGAACCAGAACAGGUGUGGUCAAUCACAUUACACAAGCAUCUCCCCUCUUCCUUACUCCCAGUCCCUCUCAGCUCUCGGUUCCUCUCUCUCACGCCAUCAGGUCUAAUCCCAGAGUUUGUCCUUAAGCUCCUCUCCUCCUCUCCUCUAUCCCCUGUUUUCUGGGAUUCUCUCAAGUCUCUAACCCUAUCUCACCCUCCACUCAAAGUCAGCAGGUUUGGAUAAACUGCCAGGCUACUUAACCCCUCCUCACAUCUAACCCGCCCUGCCAGAUUAAAGCCAGUUCACUCCUCUGCUAUGUCGUCUGUCAAGUUUAGUUUCUCAGAGAAAAAAAAAAAAAAAAAACAUCUGUGGUAUUCAGCUCAGUUUCAUUUUGCAAUCAUGUUCCUCCCUAAACUUGGACUCAAAAAUGUCUUCAUUCACUUUUUUGACAUUGCAAAGACACACUUCAUCCCCAAAUGUGUUAACUGAUUGAAAUCUACCAUAUCUGCUUUUUUAGGACCCAUGGGUGGCAUGGGGAUGAACAUGGGCAUGGAAGGUCAGUGGCACUACAUGUAGCCCUGCCCCUGUCCAACCAAUCACAUCACAAAGGAGGACGUAAGUAAACAUGGACAGAGACUAACCUACACCUGUAGAUCUUUACUUUCCCACUUUUUACCAAGAGUCAACUGUAUUAUAUUUGCAUUUAUUGGAGAGAUAGAGCUGUUAGAAAUGGGACCAUUAAUAAAAAAAUUAUCAUUCAAAUGUAAAUCACUGCUUGAUUGAGGCCUGUGUUUUUCAAAUGGCUCUUCUCCAAGUGUUUUUUUAAUUUAGUUUCAAACACACUAGUGUUGCUCUUCCAAGGCUGUUGUUCUUCUUUCUCUGUUCGUCUCUCUGUAACUGUCCCGCCCUCGCUCUGGUGAUAAGAGCCUUUGAUCACAACCUUGUAACUCAGUGUAUGAAAUGUGUGUGUGUGUGUGUGUGUGUGUGUGUGUGUGUGUGUGUGUGUGUGUAGAAGAGACAUUUCCAGUGUGGAAAGACAAGGAAAGAGAAAAACAUGCAUGUGUUAAACAUGCAUAGUUUUACACUAUAAAAAAGACACAGUAGGACUUAUUGUAGCCACUGAUACAGUCUGCACUGAAUGUUUGUGAACAUACUAAUUGAAAAAAAGUGGGUUUUAAGUGUUUUUUUUACUAGUUUGAUACAAAUGCUCUCAAUUAAAUCAUCAUUCCAGAUUUGGGUAUGUGUGUGUUUGUGUGUGUGUGUGCCAGUAGAUAGGGAGAAAGAGGUCAAAUGUGGCAAAGUGGAGGGAAAAGAAAGAUAGGGUUGAUGAUGAGGGUGGAGGAAGGCGGAGAUGGGCUGGGACAGAGAGGGGGGGCGCUGUGUGAUGAGACCGGGUGGGGGGCAGGUAGUACGUUACUAUAGCAACAAACUGAUUGGCGAAAAUGUAAGAAGCAUUCGCUGCAGAGAGAGAGGCAAGUGAGCGCCCCUUAAGUGUCAUAAAUCUGCGGGGUUGCUGUUGAUGCAUGAGCCACAUUAAUACACACACUAACCAGUUAGAAGAGCCCCCCGCCCCCCCCAUGCCCCAUGACCCAUGCCCCAUGUCUAUUGCUAACUCUCCCUCUCACUCCCUCUUUAUGGUUUUCCUCACUGUCAAUGUUCCUCCUCUGUCUCACACAAACACCUUUUUUUUUUUUGCCUCUCUUUAAUUCUCUGCCUCUCUCUCUUUCUCUCACCCCCCCACCCCCACCCCCUUGCCCCAGGGCCAAAUAGACUCCCACAUAAUUCUGGAUGUAUACUAGCUUGGUGUUGUCACAGUGCACAGUGUGUAUAUAAAGUGGCUAGGGGUCCAAUUGUUGAGAGAUAUCAUUGUUUAGUAUUUGUGUUUGUGUGAAUUGUUGUGUGUUUGUACACCAUACGUGUGUAUGUGUGAGUGCACAGUAUACAAAGAUUUAUAUGUGAAAUACAUGUGUUUGCCCAUGUGUGGGUGUGUGCACAGAUAAAAUAGUGUGUGUGUGUGUGUAUAUGUGCAUGUGUGUGUAUGGUAAUAGGAUUACUCCUGGCACAGGGAGGGGACACAAACUAGUGCAAAAUGGAGGAGGUAGCCAGCAGGGUAUGGAGCUUAGCUGGGCCUAAUUGACUAGAUCCAAAUUAAAUAUGCCAUCACCAGAGGUGUGACCAAUGGAUUUGACUUAUUCAGUUUACAAAAAUAGGGACCAUUAACCCUCCACAGAAAGCGUGUGCAUGUGUGUGCAUGCCAUGAUAAAAUAUGCCGUCCUUGUUUCUAUCACAAAUGUCGACAACAGCCAAAGCAAAGACAGAAAAUCUAACGUCCAGUGGCAACUUUCAGGUCUGAAAUGCAGGGAGACAUGGUAAUAGAAGAGCUGUGCUCUCAGAAUGAGAUGUGUGUGUGUGUGUGUGUGUGUGUGUGUGUGUGUGUGUGUGUGUGUGUGUGUGUGUGUUUGUGUCUGUGUUUAUGUGUGCGAGUGUGUAAACAUAAGGGCUGGUUCUCCGUGUCCAAGCUGCCUCUUUCCAGCAGCUGCUAGCCUUCCCAGCAGACCUUGCUUUAAACAGCCUCAAUUUGCCUGCUGAAUCUCGUAAUUGGGCCACCAGAGGAAUCCUCUGUGAGACGAGCGAAGCACAGAGAAGAUGAGCAGACAGCAGAGGAAGAGGAGAGCGAGAGAGAGAGAGAAACAGAAAGAGGGAGGGGCAAGUGAAGAGAUGGCGAGUGAGAGAAGUGUAAAGGACAGGAGGGAGGGGUGAGACGAGUAAAAGGAGGAAGGGAAGAAGAAGAAGAGGAUAGAAGCUUUGAGAGAUAGUGACAGAAAUACGUCGACUCUUCUCAACAGGCUGUUCUGCUGUACAGCUUCAUUAGUUAGCAGUUGCUAGCUGCUAGCUUGUCUCUGUCAAAAAUUGCUACUUUCUUUUCUAGGUCAAUUAAAUGUAAGUGAUGUGUUAUAUUCUUUCAUGACCAAUUAAAUUAAUAGGUUAUUACGGGCGGGGGGAGGGGGUGGUUAUCCUAUUUGAUUAAGAGAGCACAGGUUCAUUAUAUUUUAUAAGCAAUUUUCAUUAGCAGAGUUGAGGUUUUGUUACCGCGGGGCUAAAUUGAGCGGUUAUUGUGCUGAGGAGUGCUGAGCCUUGAUACAGAAGGUGUGCCUAGCAGUCACACUGCAACAUUAGUUAAAACUAAAGCCAAUUAGUCGUGCUUAGUGAAAAGCGUUAUGCUUUCCACCCAAUGAUAAUUACACAGCUUAGAUCUCCUUGUGAAACAAUACACCUGUCAGCAAAGAUGAAGCCCAGCAAGUGAAGCAGAAGCGAGCCGAGCCUUUGAAAGAGGACCAGAAUGACUCUUGGAUGACCCUUACCCCCUUUCCCCUUCUUCCUCUCUUUCCCUGCUUUCCCUUCUUACAUGGAAUUAGCCAGGGGUGGCCCACUGAAACUGUAAUUUCCAGAUUUAGGACAAUAGUUAUCACAGGGUGGAAGAAUUAAUUAUGUCGCAGAGCGUAUGGAAUUUUUCUCUGGCCCUCCCUGCUCUCAGCCUUUUACCCGAAAUGUCGGGUAGAACGCUCGAGUGAAUGCUGCCUGUAACCCCUUUGCUGCCAAUCUCUGCUGGAGACCCUUUGUCCCAGGAUUCCCUGCUCCAAUCAUUAAGCGUAAAUUUGUUAACCCUCUGCGUAGGGGUCAAGAUCCCUCCCUAUAGCCCCCCACUACCACACACCCUCCCACCAUCACCCCCCACCCUCAACUUCUUUUUCUGGUGGAUGAACUUUUACUAUUAACGAACACUGGAAAAAACAGGGUCCGACGGGGAUUUCGUGCCCUCUCGUAUUGUCCCUGUGAAUGUGUGUCCGUGUUGAUUUGGCCUCUUUGGAAUCCCCCUUGGAGUUUAAGAAAGGAGAGCUCAAUGUAUUGAUUGGCUUAUUAAGUGAAAAACCUUAUUAGCAACAUGUUCUUUGAAGCAUGCAUAGUGUUUAUCGGGAUGUCUACAGAACAUUUCUGUUAAUCAGGCUCAAAUAUGCAAUAAACAGACACAAAAAGCCAACGACUGAUCAGACUUUGAAAACAUUUCUUGACUUGGACAACUCCAUGGAUGAUUGCUCUAAGCACAGGUAUCAUCUGGCCAGCCUUUAAUUUAGCAUUGCCUUCAGUUUGCCUUGCUCUAGCACCACAGGUAAUAUCCCAAAAAGGAGUGUCUUAAGUUUGAUGCCAUUAGAUUCAGGAAAAAAAAAUCCUAUUGCCUGACUCAAUGAAAGAAAACUAACUUCAGCUUGUGCAGCUCGUGUAACUGCUCACCCUCCUCUCAUGCAAGUCGAAACAAUUCUUUCCAGGAGCCCAGCUGAAAUCUGACAGAUGAGGGGUAUAACAAAUGUGUUAGCUCCUCUGCUGCCCUCCUCCUGCUUCCCCACCUCAUUGUCCUUUUCCCUGCUUGGCCUUUUGUGUCAUCUAUAGUCACUCUCUUGUGUAUAUGGUGAACACGUGGAGAGGCCUGGGGCUCUCUCAGGUGACGGGCGGCCGCAAGCUUCGCCACUUCUCUUUGGUGUUGACAACAAUGGCUGUGGUUCCUUAGUGGUGACUUUCUACCUGCAGAGAUGGAUAGCAGCUAUUGUUGGCUUUAAAAAGGGAAACAACGGCAGAGAAGAGGGUGAAAAUAGAUUUCUUUACACUAUUUGUCAUUGUGUGGAAGAGAUCGAUGACACACAGCAGGUUGAAUCAGUUUUGAGUGUUUUGGUUGAUUUCUAUGGAGCCCGGGAGGUGACAUGAACUUCUUAAUUUGCACAAGCGUUUUAUUAUCUCACACGUGCAAUUUAGUAUCUUGAACGUGUGUUUUACACGUAUCUCCUAUGUUGCUUUUGCGUUUUUUUAAAUAAUCCUCUGUGCGCCUCAUUUGUGAGACAAGAAGGUCAGUGUCAUGGACAGAGAGCAUAUUAUCAAUAUUUUCUUUCAUUUAGGUACGAUCCACAAAGAGAUACUUUAUAGCUUAGCCACAUUUAGUAUUGCUUUGAGUAGAAGACACCUCAUCAGGAUCCUUAAAGCACAGCGACUUUGUUGUAGGUAAUAUUCGGACUUGCAGGAAGUGAUUUUGUUUAUUACAGAACAGUUAAAUUGCACCUGCAAUAGAAUAAUACGUACCUGGGAAUUAAGAAAGAAAAAGUUAAUGUCACCUCCUGGGCUCUGUAGAUUUGUCAUGCGCAGGAUGCUAAAAAUAGGAGCAGAGUUUUGUAUAGCUAGAUUGAACUGCACAUCUUCUUGAUGCUGAUAUGGAAGAGAUUUCGAGUGGAGUCAAGACUAGAAAUGAUCACAGGAUAAAUUCAAGUCCAAUAACAAGUUUCCUUGUCAUCGAGUCGACCUGAUUAUCCAGAAAAUGUUUAGCACUGAAACUUGAUAUCACUUCAAGUCCAACGUGUGUGUGUUUGGUCACUAAGUCCUCUCCUCCUGUUAAAGUAGCAUUACCAAGGGUGUAGGAUUAACUCACUAAACCCUGCUAUACUCUCUCUCUCUCUCUCUCUCUCUCUCUCUCUCUCUCUCUCUCCCUCCCUCCCUCCCUCACUCCUUUUUUUCUCCUUUUCUGUCACAUCCACAAAGUAUGAGUCAAGGGCAGGUUUGGGUUGGUAUCCUGACCCAGAUUAGCACCCUGUUGGGUUUGCAGUCGUUGCCACAUACUGCACUCCCCCUCUGUGGUCUCAUCAUAAGGUCCCAUUGGUCUAGAGAUGAAACAUGAGAGUCUACUUUCAGAAGUGGAGUGUGAUCCAUUGUUGUAUUCAAUGAAUUAAUAAUGAUAUCAAAGACUUUCAACAGGUUCAUUUUGCAGUUAAAUGCCGUCUGCCCCAGUGGUGGUUAUCAAUAUUUGAGUGAUUUAGCAAAUACUCCAGAGAUUUUAAUUUGCUAGGCUUUAAAUAGAGACCAUGUGUUGAUUUCAUAGAACCUUGUUGUCUGAACAGCAACAGCACUGGCUUUCACAGACAUGUUAAAUAGUCUAAUUACAUCCUUUCUCUGAUCUGUCAUUCACAGCAGAUCCUAAUGUAUUCACCAAAUUUAAACAUGCAAAAUUAACCAUUUGGAUCUCCCUCCUCUCUCCUCAGUACUGGACAGCAAACCAGAGGAUCAGAGGUCUCGCAGAGGCCUAUACGGCAUGAGAACGGGCUCCUUGAACUCAUGACAACAGCAGCUCCUCUUCCCAACUGCCUACAAGACCCAACAAUGUUUUAUUCGGCUGAUAUCUGCAAAGUGGAAGCCUUCACGACUCUCUACUUGACUUUUGUAUGUAUCCAGUGAUGCACAGAAGAUUCAACCUCAUCCAAUUCAGAUGACCCCCCUCUCCUGACAGACCUGUUUCUUCUUUGGUGGGCACUAGACUCUGCCUUCUUGCCUCUGCCUACUCGGUUCACACAGAGUCCUCCAUAAAAAAAGUGAUUGUGAUUGGGAGCAUUGAUGACACAAGAGACACACUGUGUCCUUUGCCUGUACCUUGGGUGAAUGCAGCACCUGGUGAUAUAUUCUAGACUCUUUGGUGAAUAAGAGACUUCCUGUGAAGAGCACUCCUCUCUUUGGGAUGAUGGAAUUGGACCAAGGAGAAGCCAAUGUCUGUAUCUGACAGGACACUCACAAAGCAAAAGAGGUGCCCUUUAAAAAGUGUAGUGGAUUGAAACGUGAAAGGAGGGAAAGCAAGAGAAAAGAAAUUAAAAGUAUAACUAUAUCAACCCCUGGUUUGGCAAGCGAGUGGAGAAAGAAAAUAUACUGUAUACUGUUGUAAAAUUACGCUGGACUCUCACAAGAACUGGGAAUUUAAGUAUUGUAAAUGCUAUUGUAUUGUUCUGCAUAUUAUGUUGUUUCUAAUAGAUUUUUUAAAAAAAGGAUGUGAACUUUUUUCUCUUUGUUUUCUCAUUUCUUUCCACACUAUGUGUGUGCAGUCCCUCCAUCAGAUCUGACCGUCUCCCCCUCCCUCCAUUGAAUCACGAUGCAUUUUUAAAAAGUAAAAAAGUGAAUAAAUGGACAAUUGGAUUAGUCUGUCAUUUUUCACAGGGUUUUAUUGGGAUGGUAGGAGUGUGACAGGAGUUUAUAUUCCCUGCAGUAAGUACACAGUUCAUCCACAUACAUACAUACAAGGUACAGCGGCUAUACUGUCAUCUUGUUACUCCAAUGUGGUGAAAUAUCUUAGUACCCGGUGAUGAAUACAUCUUCAUUUAUGUGGUGGGAAGUUUUUUCUUUCAAUAGACAAAGAACUCAUCAAACAUGUUGAACUCAAGACUUUACACCUGGUCUAAGAAGCUAACCUUUGGGAUGUCAAGGUCUAUUUUUAAUCCAAUCAUCUAAUAUCACAUUUAUCCAUUUGAUCAUGAGGACUGACAUGCAGAAUAAUGUAGGUCAACAUCGCUAACAUAAAAAAAAAACAUAAUACAGAGCAAAAAUGACCCUAGAUGGGAAACUACUACAGUGUGUCUGACAAACUUUUCUGUUUUCUCCAUGUGUGUCUAUAAGGGCCUCUGAGAGUCUAUUCAAGUGUCCUACUGAUGUGUUUCAUGUCACAAGGCCACGCACACGCAUGGCAGAUGACCCCCCCCCCCACCCCUUAGGUGUUUGGUGGAGCUUUAUAGAAGGAAGAGGCAGAGGUAAUGGGAGAACACCGUUGAUACCCCAGUCCAUUCAUUCUUUCAUAUACCCAGAUGAUGAUAUGCUGGUCCACAGACAGGAGAGAAUGUAAAAGUCACUGUGUGUGUGAGAGGGAGAAGGGGAAUGAGAGAGAGAGAGAGUGAGAGAGAGAGAGAGAGAGAGAGAGAGAGAGAGAGAGAGAGAGAGAGUGUGUGUGUGUGUGUGUGUGUGUGUGCAUAUGUGAGCUGAGCUUGAGUGGGUUAUCAAUGCAUCCAUUAGCCAUAGCUUCAAUCAUGUAUAACGCACAUCUUUAAGAUUCUUUUGAAGACAAGUCAUGUUUCUUAUGCUUUUACUUUGAAGGGUGUAUAUGUACAUCUGUGUUGUAAAUAAAUACUUUUUGUUCAAAUAACAGAA